AUGGGUGUGUGGGUUUUGUCUCUGUCCAGUGAGGGGUGGGAGGUGUGGGGAAGAGUGGCGCCCCUGUCCCCUGCAGACCCGGUGGAGGUGGCAGGGUUGUCAUUUAAUGUGUAUGUGUGUGUGUGUGUGCUUGUGCGUGUGUGUGUGUGCACUUGUGCGUUUGCGUGUGCGUGUGUGUAUAUGUGUGUGUGUGUGUAUGUAAUGAAGUUCGUUAAGGCAUGAGGCGUUUGAGGACCUGGUAUUCUGGGAAACAGAGGAUAAAAGCCAACAGGACAUUCCAACAGCAGAUUACUGCAGCUCAGGGUUCCCCAGACCCACCUCACAGCCAGGGUGUUACUGUUAACUCUCUCACUACACACUUUGUAGUGUGGAGUGUCUGUCUGUAGUGUGGAGUGUGUGUCUGUAGUGUAGAGUGUGUGUCUGUAGUGUGGAGUGUCUGUCUGUAGUGUGGAGUGUCUGUCUGUAGUGUGGAGUGUCUGUCUGUAGUGUGGAGUGUCUGUCUGUAGUGUGGAGUGUCUGUCUGUAGUGUGGAGUGUGUGUCUGUAGUGUGGAGUGUCUGUCUGUAGUGUAGAGUGUGUGUCUGUAGCUUAGAGUGUCUGUCUGUAGUGUAGAGUGUCUGUCUGUAGUAUGGAGUGUCUGUCUGUAGUGUGGAGUGUGUGUCUGUAGCUAAGAGUGUCUGUCUGUCUGUAGUGUAGAGUGUCUGUCUGUAGUGUAGAGUGUCUGUCUGUAGUGUGGAGUGUCUGUCUGUAGUGUGGAGUGUCUGUCUGUAGUGUGGAGUGUGUGUCUGUAGCUAAGAGUGUCUGUCUGUCUGUAGUGUGGAGUGUCUGUCUGUAAUGUAGAGUGUGUGUCUGUAGUGUAGAGUGUGUGUCUGUAGUGUAGAGUGUCUGUCUGUAGUGUGGAGUGUCUGUCUGUAGUGUGGAGUGUCUGUCUGUAGUGUAGAGUGUGUGUCUGUAGUGUAGAGUGUCUGUCUGUAGUGUAGAGUGUCUGUCUGUAGUGUGGAGUGUGUGUCUGUAGUGUAGUGUGUGUGUGUGUAUCCAUGGGAGGGUUGUGAGGAGAUUCUUUGAGUCAGCCGCUCAGAUCUUCCACCACAACAGGAUCAAAGUAAUCAUUAAUGUGAUCCUAUCUUCUGGCAACAUCUUAUCGAAUUUCCUCCUUUUGUUUCAUUCAAGGCUCCUGUGAAAGAAACGGACACAAAUUCCUCUCAGGACAAACAUACAAAGAGAACUGCAACUUAUGGUAAGUGUCUCUAACCGCUUUCUCUCUUUCCUCUCUAUAUACCUUUAUCUCUCCUUCAAAUCGUCCUCUUUCUCCUCUCUCUCUUCCUUUCUUUACAUCUCUUCUGAUGACAUGACCGUUCUGGUUGUACCACAGACAGCCACGUUUCCAUGGAGAGUUUUGGGGCCUUUUCUCAUGAUGCUGUCUCAUUCAUAACUCUUCUACAUAAUCUUGGGACCCCUGUUCAUUCAUUUGGGUUAUUGUAGCUAGCUAUCGCCUUCAUCGAAUGAAAGAGUCUUGCAUCUUAUCAAACAAGCAGCCUUAGAAAACAAUGGCAAGACAUGGCAUCACAUCACACUACAAUACAGCACUUAGCAUUGGGCAACAUUAGGCAACAUCGGGCAAAAUUGGUAAAAAUUCACAAAUUUGAGCAACAGUGGGCCUUGUGGGGGCUAGAGCAGCCAGGUUACCCGUGAUACAAGUCAAUAUUCGACGUCCAUCCAUGUCUGAGGACAUCAGGAGAGUACUUCGAAACCGGCCACUAGGGGCAACAGCGAGCGCUGUUAUCUUCAAGUAGGUUUCGGUUUUGCUAGGGUGUUGUGGAAAGCGAUGGCAGAUGGGUGUAAGUAUCUGCAGCUGAUUCCAAAGGUUGCACGUUCUAAUCCAGUGAUAGAAAGUUAUUUUUGUUUUAAGCCUAUCCCAAACCUUAACCCUUACCUUAACCAUUUGGUUAAGGCACUGCAUCUCUGUCACUACUGACCCUGGUUCGAUUCCAGGCUGUAUCACAAUCCGGCCGUGAUUGGGAGUCCCAUAGGGCGGUGCACAAUUGGCCCAGCGUUGUCCGGGUUUGGCCGGGGUAGGCCGUCAUUGUAAAUAAGAAUUUGUUAUUAACUGACUUGCCUAGUUAAAUAAAGGUUAAAUAAAAUAAUGCCUAACCUUAAGAUUUCAGAGUUAAUGCCUAAACUUUAUCUUACACACUUCGAAAUUUGACGUUUGCAAUAACUUCGAAAUUUGACGUUUGAGAAACAUGGAUGAAUGUCUAAUUCUGACGUGAGACUGUGAGAGCUAGUGGGGCUAUAGAGGCAGGGGUAGGAUGUGCUACCCCUAAACGCUACACUCUUAGAAAAAAGGGUUCCAAAAGGGUUCUGCGGCUGUCCCCAUAGGAGAGCCCUUUUUGGUUCCAGGUAGAACCCUUUUUGGUUCCAGGUAGAACUCUUUUGGGUUCCAUGUAGAACCCUAUGUGGAAAGGGUUCUACCUGGAACCAAAAGGGUUCUACCUAGAACCAAAAGUGUUCUUCAAAGGGUUUUCCUAUGGGGACAGCCGAAGAACCCUUUCUGGUUCUAGAUAGCACCUUUUUUUCUAAGAGUGUAGAGAACUGAACACAUUCCUCAAAUACCCAGUGUCCACCUCCUCUCCUCCUCCUUCUCUCCUCCUCUCCUCCCGCCCUCCAUCUGUUCCUCCUCUUUACAGCGAUGUUUUACAGUAAUGAGAGGGACAGCAGAGCAAACUGGCGACAGGUAAAUACUGUACAUCAGCCUUUCUUAAAGUCUGGGAACACAGUUCUGGGUUUCUCAUCUACAGCAGGAAAGCAGUCUCCUGCCUGGCUGAGAAAACAGUAGAUGUUCUGAUCCAGUUUGGCACCACAUACCUAUGCCAGUCAGGGUUCUCAACUCUGGCGUACUUUAAAAAAAGUACAGAAACAGACUCCAUGCUGAGCAUGACCUCAGGGUUGCACUGUCAUAAACUGAGCCCAGAAUAGACAUGCUUGUUGAAGCUUCAACCAGCCACACACCUCUCAUUAGGACUGUGUGUGUGUGUGUGUGUUUUCUGGUCUACAUCUGUGUGAUGUGAUCAAUCAGUUUAUUCCAGUUCAGAAUGAAAAUGAUUUAUUGUAUUUUAACAGCAACAGUUCCAACCUAGACAGAUAUGUAAGAGUGUUUUUAAUGGGGGAAAAAUAAACAUGAAUAGCUAUUUCAUUUCAUUGUUAUUUGUUUUUGUCUAUAUUGCAUUUAAAUGUACCGAUAUUUACGUAUAGUUUAAGAACCCCUGCUGUACAUACUGAAGACCAUGCACGUUCAGUUUAUCUGCUAGUCUGUAUGUUUAUGUGUUUGAUAGGCAUUAGAGACCACAGGAGGCUGCUGAGGGGAGGAUGGCACAUAAUAAUGACCGGAACGGAGUGAAUGGAAUGGAAUCAAACACAUUGAAACCAAGUGUGUGAUGUAUUUGAUACCAUUCAACUUAUUGCCACGAGCCCGUCCUCCCCAAUUAAGGUGGCACCAGCCUCCUGUGUCAGAGACCCAAUAUGGCAUAAACCUUAUAUGGGAUUUUCACCCUUUCAGCUGUGCAUUACUCUAACCCAGGCAUGGGCAACUUUGAUGUAGAUGGGGGCCACAAAAAUUUGAACUCAUCAUGAGGGGCUGCAGUUUCUCGCAGGUCUGCGUACCCACAUCCCACACCCACAUUGCGAGCAAAACAUUUUAGUGGCCCCCCUCUUGACAGAGUUUUAGAGUUAAUUUUACACAAUUCUACACAUUUUGCCAUGGGGUGUAGAGAAAAUGUGACGGUUUUAAAGCAAGUUUGCUGCAAUUCUACACAUUUUGCCAUGGAGUGGUGAGAAAUGUUUGCAGUUUUUUGUAUGAUAUCUGACUGAGACUGACUAACAAAAGCAAUGGGGGCCCCCCGGCCGGUAAUUCGACCAUGAUAACAAGUUUAGACAGCUGACCUCUACACUAAUUUAGCAAUCUAAAAACAUUGACUGACUAUCAGUGACUGACAUAAGAGACAUUCUAACACACAGACACCUGGAAAACCUCUCUCAAACACACAGACACCUGGAAACCUCUUUCUAACAUACAGACAACUGGAAACCUCUUUCUAACACAAAGACACCUGGAUAACUCUCUCAAACACACAUACACCUGGAAAACUCUCUCUAACACAGGAAUAUGUAGAAAGACAAAACCAGGUUAUCUCAUAGACACCAAACUCUGUGAUUUAAUUGCAUUGAGUUCUCCUCACCUGUAGCUUUCAAAUUGGACUCUUUGAUUUGACUUAAUUGCAUUGAGUUCUACUCACCCUUAGCUUUUCAACUGGACGAAUUGCAUUGAGUAGCCCUCACUAAAAGCUCUAGGCUUUUUGUCUUUAUGGGAUGGACUGUUUUUGUUCUAAUCACCUUGCAUGUGGGGUGUGGAUGGUUUUCCUGUCCGGGGGAUGUACAGUCAUUCAAAAUAACAGAGGGGACAGCGGGUAGGGGAUAAGGGGUGAGGACAGUUUCCAGGAUGAGGGGUGGUAGAAUUCCUCACCUGUCUGCUAGAAUGGUUUCUCACACCCCCGCCACGGGCAGAUUUGCAGAGAGUUUGUUUGGUUUGGUGUGUGUGUGUGUGCGCGCACACUGGGGAUGCAAAGGCAAGUGUCUGUGUGGCGUCUGCCCCCAUUCAUGUAUCCAUAUCGUAUUUAUUUUCAUACUCAUGCAAAAUGUCCUGUAGCUGUUUCUCUGGGAGAGUCUAACUCCUGCCAUAUUCAUGUCUGCCUACCCGACCUGGGUUCAAUACUAUUCGAAAUCUUUCAAAUACUUUCAGCGUUUGCUCUAGCCAGACUGGAGUGCCAGAUGGGUGGGGUUUGUAGUUUGGGGACGAUUCUAUUGGGCUAUUAAGCCAGGCAAGCUCAACCAAGUAGAUUAAGUAUUUUAAAGGAUUUCGAAUAGUAUUUGAACCCAGGUCUGCUGCAUAGCUUCAGACUGGUAGUCCUGAACCCUGUCUCAUAUCAAGACAGGAGUCUAUUAGUGGCGACCUAAGGGUCAGAUAGGAGCAGAGAUAUUAAAGGGGAGCCUAUAGACGCCCAGUCUAGCCUUGAUAAAUGGACCUACUGUGUCUCCCUCUUCUCCUUUAAGAGAGACGUUUGGAGGUUAAAUAAACACAACCUCCCUGGUAAAAAUAAACCCUGCUUUCAGUACAGCAUGGACCUGCAUUUAAGUGUAAAUUCCCCUUUCACUGUUAAAUUCAAACAAAAGGUCACACGCAAGAAACACUCACAACCAUUCAUGCACUCACACACAAGCAUGUAACGUACACACACAGGUAGGCACAUACAGUAUGAACAAACACACACGCACGCACACACACACACACACACACACACACACACACACACACACACGCUCCCCUACUCUCCUCUCAUUUCCCAUGUGUGCAUAUUGUUCCUAACACUCCUACACACUCCCAGGCCAUUGUGUCUUUUAACACACAGGGUUUUGGGUGGAAGACAGUUUCCAUUCCUAAAUAACCAAGCACUCUCCUUGUCCCUCUCCCUCAGUGUGCCCUCCUCUCCCCUCUCUGCUCUGGUCAGCCCCCACUGUCUUCAUCUCUCCCGCCUACUCACCUUGGCUGACCAUUCUGAUCUCCUUACAACAGUAGGCUAAUGUAUUACAGCAGUUACCUCAUGACCAACACCACACUAUUAACAUGCAGCUCAAUUGGUAGAGCAUGGCGCUUGUAACGCCAGGGUAGUGGGUUCGAUCCCCGGGACCACGCAUACGUAAAAAUGUAUGCGCACAUGACUGUAAGUCGCUUUGGAUAAAAGCGUCUGCUAAAUGGCAUAUUAUUAUUAUUAUAUGCAGUUCAACAUCUGCUCGAGUACCUGCGAAUGCUUUGUCCGGGGCAUCUACAGCUCUAGAAAAAAUUAAGAGACCACUGCAAAAUUAUCAGUUUCUCUAGUUUUAUUAUUUAUAGGUAUGUGUUUGGGUAAAAAUAACAUUUUUGUUUUAUUCUAUAAACUACUGACAACAUUUCUCCCAAAUUCCAAAUAAAAAUAUUGUCAUUUAGAGCAUUUAUUUGCAGAAAAUGACAACUGGUCAAAAUAAUAAAAAAGAUGCAGUGUUGUCAGACGUCGAAUAAUGCAAAGAAAAUAAGUUCAUGUUCAUUUUUAAACAACCCAAUACUGAUGUUUUAACUUAGGAAGAGUUCAGAAAUCAAUAUUUGGUGGAAUAACCCUGAUUUUCAAUCACAGCUUUCAUGCAUCUUGGCAUGCUCUCAACCAGUCUUUCACAUUGAUGUUGGGUGACUUUAUGCCACUCCUGGCACAAAAAUUCAAACAGCUCGGCUUUGUUUGAUGGCUUGUGACCAUCCAUCUUCCUCUUGAUCACAUUCCAGAAGUUUUCAAUGGGGUUCAGGUCUGGAAAUUGGGCUGGCCAUGACAGGGUCUUGAUCUGGUGGUCCUCCAUCCACACCUUGAUUGACAUGGCUGUGUGGCAUGGCACAUUGUCCUGCUGGAAAACCAAUCCUCAGAGUUGGGGAACAAUGUCAGAGCAAAAGGAAGCACGUUUUCUUCCAGGACAACCCUGUACAUGGCUUGAUUCAUGCGUCCUUCAAAAAGACAAAUCUGCCCGAUUCCAGCCUUGCUGAAGCACCCCCAGAUCAUCACCGAUCCUCCACCAAAUUUCACAGUGGGUGCGAGACACUGUGGCUUGUAGGCCUCUCCAGGUCUCCGUCUAACCAUUAGACGACCAGGUGUUGGGCAAAGCUGAAAAUUGGACUCAUCAGAGAAUAUGACCUUACUCCAGUCCUCUACGGUCCAAUCCUUAUGGUCUUUUGCAAACCUCAGCCUGGCUCUUCUUUGCUUCUCAUUGAUAAAGGGCUUUUUUCUAGCUUUGCACGACUUCAGCCCUGCCCCUAGGAGCCUGUUUCGAACCGUCCUCGCUGUGCACUUCACCCCAGCUGCCGUUUGCCAUUCUUUUUGUAGGUCACUUGAUGUCAUCCUACGGUGGUUGAGUGACAUUCGAAUGAGUUGGCGGUGAUCCCGGUCAGUAGAGAGUCGUUUUCGCCCUCUGCCAGUCUGUAGCUUUGUUGUCCCCAAUGUCUGCUGCUUGAACUUGUUCUUAUGAACCACUGUCAUUUACAUUUUAAGGAUGGAAGCAACCUGACGCUCACUGUAUCCCUCUGCCAGUAAAGCCAGAAUUGAACCCUUCUUUUCCUCACUCAAAACUUUCCUUUUCAACUCUUUUGGCAUGGUCAAUAGUUAUUUUUUGAUUAAUAUUACUUUUGAGGUACUAUUAGUACUGUUUUUGCCAUCCAGCUGGUCCUAUUGCAGGAGGAUAGUGAGGACCACAGCAGUGGUUUUUAUACUUUUCCUCGUUAAAUAAGAUUUGGUUCAGGUGAUCACCUAAUCAGUACCUAUUUCAGUAGAAUGAGGUGUGCCUGUGUUGGAAUUCAACAGACACUGGAAUGGAAUGGCUGUCAUACAUGUAGAGAUGCUGAUUUAAGAAAAAUGUGUAUUUGUGUUUGAAUGUGUAAGUGUGUGUGUGAGUGUGUGUGUGCAUGCGUGUGUGUAUGUGGAUAUCUGUGUAUGUGUUUUUGUGUGUGUUUGUUGAUGUUUAUUUGUCUAUCACCAUGUGUUCCUGUCUGAUAAGCCCAGGCUUUUGUGUUCCUGAUAGAAUCUUCAGCGGAGGCUUUGAGUCAUUAAGCAGUUGGCUGUGAUAGCUCCUGAUAACACUUUGUCUAAUGGAGGUCAUCUCUGUGGCAGCACCUCCCGCUUUCAGCAGCUAUAUCAUUCAUCUGGCUGUGGGGUUAUCUUCCUAUUGAUCUGACUCUGGGCUUCUGUUGGAUCUGGCCUGCGUCCCAAAUGGCACCCUAUUCCCUAUUUAGUGCACUACUUUUGACCAGGCCACAUAGGGCUCAUGACUCAACUCUAGUGUAGUCUACUGUGUGUUGGCCAGUGUCCUUAUAGUAGAACAAGUGUCCCAUAGGGUUAGACUGUGGUAUAACACACGGCCAUAGCCACAGUAAAAUGUUCACUGUGAGGGGAUUAUAGUGACGUAUAAACCCAGCUAGAGUAUAAAAAUGGCUGUGUUUUCACACAGAGAGUGCUGAGAGGCUUUGUGCCACCAUGUGUGUUCAUGCCACAACCCCCCACAAUGCCCUUUUCACAGUGUGUGUGUCUUUGACUUUGUGUGUUUGCGUGCAUGUCUUUUGUAUGUCUUUUCGUGUUUCUGCCUGUCUGCCUGUCUGCCUGUCUGUGGUCUGAGAGGGGAGAAUCUCCCUGCUGGGUAUCAUCCCUAGCCUCUUGUUUCUAAUGGUGAAGUGUGACGGGGAAUCUGAGCUAUGGUCUCCCAGUGUUCACACAGCCCUCAUAUUUCACCAUCUGUCUCUGUACCAGACCUAGACCUCAGAGUGCGUUCUGUUGGCCUCAGGUUCAGGUCUGUGCCAGGGUAGCAGGGUGUGUGUGUGUAAAUAUUAGGGGUGUAACGAUUCGUUUUAACAACGAUUCGAUUUGUAUCACGAUUCGUGGUUGUCGAUACGAUUCAAGGACGAUAUUGGUUCAUUUAGAACGAUACGAUCCGAAACGAUUCAGUGACUUGAAAUCGAUUCAGUAACCUUUUAGCCAAAAAUUCAAACAGUGUGACUGAAAUAAAUACCUGGAUACUGGACAGUGCAGGUGAAGUUUCCUAGAUUCCUGUUUCUUGUAAGGACCGCAAUGGUGGCUUGAUAAUUUCUCGCUCGUCGGCUUCUCCUCUGUCGUCCGCCAUGCUAUGUUUUGUUGUCUUUGCGCCUUUGCGCUGCUGCUGGCGCGGGGCGAUGACGUCACGGAUAGGCAGACUGAAUCGAGUAAUGUUUAAAGCCUUUAUCAUUAAAAGUGCUAAGAAAAAACAUCCAUAUAAAGUCUGACGUGCUUAAAUCCAAUGGGUUAUUUCCUAGUAUCGAUACAAUCGAUUUAUUACAUUUUAAAACGAUGUUAGAUUGAUAUAUGUUGUCCAAAAGGCCAACUCGCCGAGCACAGAUCGAUGUAGUUGGAUCAUAGGAAUAUAAAUCGAUACAUCGAUGUAGUAGAUGGAUCGUUACACCCCUAGUAAAUAGCCUUGGGCUUAUGCGAGCUGGAACGGCUCAUAGGGCAGGAGCCUAUCUCCUGUUUCUGUAGCGUGAGGCAGCUUGAUGUACCAGUACACCCCCUGGACAGGACGCUAAUAUAUCUCCUUAAUCUUGAGUGCCAAGCAGAGACGCAUCAGGUCCCAUUUUUACAGUCUUUGAUAUGACUCGGCCAGUGAUUGAACUCACAACCUUCCAAUCUGAGGGCAGACAGUCUAACCACAAGGUCACUGAGUGUGCAUGUGUGUCUGACUGAAUGUUGUCCCUGGAAUGUUAUUUGUUAGCUAAUACACAUAUUGGACCUAGCAUGACUAAAUGAGAAUGUUUCGGUGGUUCUGACUGGGGAACUAGACAGGGACUCCACUCUAUAAAAUAGGACCACAGAUCCAAUAGACUUUAUAGUCUGAGGUUUAUAGGUACAAAAGGGUUCUUCGGCUAUACCCAUAGGAUAACCCUUUUUGGUUUCCAGGUAGAACCGUUUUUGGUUCCAGGUUGAACUAUUUUGGGUUCCAUGUAGAACCCAAUGUGGAAAGGGUUCUACCUGGAACCAAAAAUGUUAUUUUAGGUUGUAGAUAGCACCUUUUGUUAUAAGAGUGUAGAGCUGUGUGUGAGAGAGACCAGUGAUAGGGUUAGUAUUAUCUUAAGAUAACGAUAAGGUAAGAAGUUAAGUCAUCAUCAUCAUCAUCAUCAUCAUCAUCAUCAUCAUCAUCUUCCUUUAGAUAGCACAGUACAUGAACCACCUGUGUGAGUAUGCACUGUAACUCAUUAUGAAUGCAUACAGUAGAUUGCUAUUAGGAGUCAUGAGCUAGUAUGAAUGUUUAUGGCUAGUAUGAAUGUUUAUGGCUAGUAUGAAUGGUUAUGGCUAGUAUGAAUGGUUAUGGCUAUGGCUAGUAUGAAUGUUUAUGUCUAGUAUGAAUGUUAUGGCUAGUAUGAAUGUUUAUGGCUAGUAUGAAUGUUAUGGCUAGUAUGAAUGUUUAUGGCUAGUAUGAAUGUUAUGGCUAGUAUGAAUGUUUAUGGCUAGUAUGAAUGUUAUGGCUAGUAUGAAUGUUAUGGCUAGUAUGAAUGUUUAUGGCUAGUAUGAAUGUUUAUGGCUAGUAUGAAUGUUUAUGGCUAGUAUGAAUGUUAUGGCUAGUAUGAAUGUUAUGGCUAGUAUGAAUGUUUAUGGCUAGUAUGAAUGUUUAUGGCUAGUAUGAAUGUUUAUGGCUAGUAUGAAUGUUUAUGGCUAGUAUGAAUGGUUAUGGCUAGUAUGAAUGUUUAUGGCUAGUAUGAAUGUUUAUGGCUAGUAUGAAUGUUAUGGCUAGUAUGAAUGUUAUGGCUAGUAUGAAUGUUUUCUAUUGCACUAUGAGUGUCAGGCCCUAAACAUAUUAUAUAAAGUUGGUUUAAGGAGUUGUUACCAUGGUGAUGUAUAUCUUCAUCAGACACUGUUACAGUAUGUUGUACAGUAGGCCUAUCAGACUUUAUUACUGUGUCCCAAAUGGCACCAUAUGGCCUACAUAGUCCACUACUUUUUUGGACCCUGGUCAAAAGGAGUACACUAUGGGAUAGGGUGCCAUUUUGGUCUAUGACUGUACUGUACUGUAUGUGUGUGUGUCCGGCUAAUAGUUCUUUCCGGGGGCCAUGGCACACACACCUCCCCACAGUGACUCAGCACAACACAGACAGUAGGAAUGCUCUACUUCAGUGGAUCACAAACAUUUUCAUGCGGUCAUGUUUCAAUAUCUACUUAUCGUGCCCAUCAGACUGGUUAGUAUUCACUGGGUCCUUGGUACUAAAAAUGGACAUUUUUCUGUGCUCUGUAGCCUUAAAAGGUCCUUUGUUCCUCCCCUUCAUUCUCUCUCUCUCUCUCUCUCUCUAUCUCUCUCUCUCUCUCUCUCUCUCUCUCUCUCUCUCUCUCUCUCUCUCUCUCUCUCUCUCUCUCUCUCUCUCUCUCUCUCUCUCUCUCUCUCUCUCUCUCUCUCUCUCUAUGCCAAGUCCCCUGUUCCCCUUGUUCAGUCUCUCCCUGGGGAAUUAGGCUAUACAGUGUAGCUUUUAUAAAUGUUUUAUUCUUAAAACGUUCUCUCUAUAUUGACUGUUGGCUUCCUUGUUCCUUCCGUUAAUUCAGCAUCAUUACUUCAAAACAGUGGACAACGGUCAGUUGUGCUUUUGUACAGUAAAUUACAUCAAUCACUUGAACUACAGUGUGUGCAGUACAGUAAUACACUUCCAAUUAUUAUAAUUAAGCCCUAAGAAUGUGGCAUCAUUAGCCAUGAAUCUAAAGCAGUGUUCUGAGUUCUGACCCCUGCCCAUUCUAACUUUGUAUCUCUUGUACCCUCUCUACUCCCCUUUUCUUUUCUCUUCCCCUCUUUAUCUGCCCCUCUCUCUGCCCUUUUUACCUCUCUCUCUCUCCGCUCUCGCUCUCCUCUCAUCUCUAUUUCUCUAUCCUAGUCUCUCUCUCUCUCGCUCUCCUCUCUCAUCGUCCUCUUCUCCCCCUCCCCUCCCUCGACUCUCCUACAGCACGUGUGGAAACAACUGGGUCCGUGGGAGUGUGAGCAGUCAUGCCUGUCUGUAGAGAAUGACAGGAUCCAGGUCUGUCCAACAGAGGGAAAACUAUGGGUAAGGGGCACUAAACACACCCGCACACAGGGCACGCAUGCACACACACCACACACACAUCACAACAUUUUUUCCCACCUCACUGUCCUGACUUUCCCGCUCUCUACCCUAGCUGGCAGGCAGCAAACUACAGCCAGUUCUAUGGCAUGUCUCUGGAUGAGGGCCUGAGGUAUCGCCUGGGGACACAGAGGCCCUCCAGGACCAUCAUGAGCAUGAACGAGAUGCAGGUGAGAGGACCUGUCUGCUGGGUAGGGCGCGAUAGGGGGUGGGGGUGAGGCUGGGUGAUUCAUGGGAUGGAUCUCCAAUGCCAUGGCACCCUAUUCCUUAUAAAGUGCACUACUUUUUACGAGGGCCCAUGUAGGGGACCAUAGGGCGCACUAUGUAGGGAAUAGGGUGCCAAUUGGGAUGCAGACAUGGUGUCGCAGCCUCACAUUCAGAGUGAGGGACAGAACAGUCUGUUUUUCCCUUUUUCAAAGCGGGUCUCUCAGAACAUUAGCUAUGUAAACUUGAGAAGUAUCUUCCAAAGAUCAUUUGGUGUAAUGCAAAAGUGUAUGCAUCAAAAGGGACCUUUGACAUAACAUUUUACAUAAAGAUUCUGCUUGCCUGGCAUGUAUCAUUACCAGCUAUGGCUACCAGGCGGAGUCUGGUAUUGAUCUGUUGAUAAUUCUCUGUCUGUCUGGAUCUUGGAAGCUUCCCCUCUGCUGUGUGCUGUCUUUAGCUCUGUUUACAUUCUAACCAGACAUAUUAUGUAAGAGCCAAUCAUAUCAUCAGAGAGGGGCUUGGGAGGAUAGGGGUGGAGGGGAUGGGGUGAGAGGAUAGAGGUGGAGGGGGAUGGGGUAGAGAUGGAGGAGGAUGGGUGAGAGGGGUAGAGGAUAGGGUGGAGGGGAGGAUGGAGUGGGGAUGGUAGAGGAUAGAGGUGGAGGAGGAGGAUAGAGGGAUAGAGGUGGAGGGGAUGGGGAGGGUUAGAGGAUGAGGUGGAGGGGAGGAUGAGUAGAGGAUAGAGGUGGAGGGAGGAUGGGGGAGAGGAUAGAGGUGGAGGGGAUGGGGUAGAUAGAGGUGGGGGGAUGGGGUAGAGAUAGAUUGGAGGGAUGUAGAGGAUAGGGGGAGGAGGAGAGGUGGAGGUAGAGGAUAGAGGUUUAUGUGAGGAUAGAGGUGGAGGGGGUGGGUAGGGUAGUGCUAGGGGAGGAUGGGAGUUGGAGAUUGAGGUGGGGGAGGUGGGGUAGUAUAGAGGUGUGAGGGUGGGUUAGGGAUAGGUGAGGGGAGGAUUUCGGUGUAGGUUUAGAGAUGGAGGGGAGGAUGUUUUUUGGUAGAGGAUAUGAGGUGGGGUUUCAUUGAGGUGUGGCGGUUAGAGUGAUGAGGUGGAGGGAUGGGGUAGAGGAUAGGGUGGAGGGAUGGGUGGUAUUAGAGGAUAGCAGGUGGGGGAGGAUUGUGUGUAGAGGAUUAGAGGUCGGGGGUUGGGGGUAGAGGAUGGGUGGUAGGGAUUUUCGUAGGUGAGGUGUUUGUAGGGUGGGGUUAGCGUAGAGGUGGAGGGGAGAUGGGUAGAGAUAUGAGUGGCAGGGGAGAUGGGGUGAGAUAGAGUGGAGGGCGAGGAUGGGGUUAGAGGAUAGAGGUGAGCGAGGGGAUGGGGUAGAGGAUAGAAGGUGGAGGGGAGGAGGGGGUAGAGGAUAGAGGUGGAGGGGAUGGGGGUAGAGGAUAGAGGUGGAGGGGAGGAUGGAGUAGAGGAUAGAGGUGGAGUGGAGGAUGGGGUAGAGGAUAGAGGUGGAGGGGCUGGGUAGAGGAUAGAGGUGGAGGGGAGGAUGGGGUAGAGGAUAGAGGUGGAGGGGGGGAGGAUGGGGUAGAGGAUAGAGGUGGAGGGGAGGAUGGGGUAGAGGAUAGAGGUGGAGGGAUGGGGUUGUUAGAGGAUAGAGGUGGAGGGGAGGAUGGAGGUAGAGGAUAGAGGUGGAGGGGAGGAUGGGGUGAGGAUAGAGGUGGAGGGGAGGAUGGGGGUAGAGGAUAGAGGUGGAGGGGAGGAUGGAAGUAGAGGAUAGAGGUGGAGGGGAUGGGGAUGGGGGGUAGAGGAUAGAGGUGGAGGGAGGAGGGGUAGAGGAUAGAGGUGGAGGGGAGGAUGGAGUAGAGGAUAGAGGUGGAGGGGAUGGGGAUGGGGUAGAGGAUAGAGGUGGAGGGGAGGAUGGGGUAGAGGAUAGAGGUGGGGGGAGGAUGGGGUAGAGGAUAGAGGUGGAGGGAUGGGGAUGGGGUUAGAGGAUAGAGGUGGAGGGGAGGAUGGGUGAGGAUAGAGGUGGAGGGAGGUGGGUAGAUAGAGGUGGAGGGGAGGAUGGGGGGUAGAGGAUAGAGGUGGAGGGGAGGAUGGGGUAGAGAAUAGAGGUGGAGGGGAGGAUGGGGUAGAGGAUAGAGGUGGAGGGGAGGAUGGGGUAGAGGAUAGAGGUGGAGGGGAGGAUGGGGUAGAGGAUAGAGGUGGAGGGGAUGGGGUAGAGGAUAGAAGUGGAGGGGAUGAUGGGGUAGAGUCAUCUCCUUUUAGACAACACAACUGACUGGCCCUCCCCUCUCCCUGCUCUCCUUCCCAACCCCUAUCCCCCACCUCUCCCACCUUACAUCCUCCAGACCAAACUCCCCCACCCCCUCCUCCCUUCAACUCCACUCUCUCCAACCCCCCACACCCACUCCCCCACCCCCACCUCCCUUUAACUCCACUUUCCAACACCGCCCUCCCCCACCCCUUCCUUCCUUCAACUCCAUUCUCUUCAACCCACCACUCCCUCAGCCCACCUGUCCCUCUCCUCCCAACAUGCCCCUACCUGUCUAAGCAGGAGAGCUUAUUCAUAAAUCCCCACAUGUCUAACAGUCCUUAAACAGGGUAAUGGACAGGCCCAGUCCUAACUGAGGCCUGGGGGUUGCAGCCUCACACACAGGCAAAAUUGUCUCCCAUUUCUCACACCCCUUAUCUCUGAACACAUCAGUACCGGGCUCUCACCUCCAAGCUGGCUCAAGCGUCGCUCCGAGGUGUGGUCUGGUUUGGACUUUGACCACAGCACACACAAACACAUUCCUAGAUUUUAUAUCAGGUGUUUGUCUGGGGAGAAUGGUUGAGAUAUUAACAGGAGGAAUGUGAGUAGGCCGUACCAGCAGAUGUAGUAUGUCUAAACAGAGCUAGAGUUACACAGGUAAUACGCUAAUGCUACAUACCUGCCUCCCACCUCCAUACCUGGCCUGUCUCCGUCCCAAUAUAUAGUGCUCCAAUUUUGACCAGGGCCCACAGAGCUCUGGUGAAAAGUAGUGAACUAAGUAGGGAACAAUGUCAGAGACCGAUAUUAGGCCAAAUGGUCCUAAUCGUCUGUGAAUAAGUCAUCUCUACCGGAAUAACUGAACAGACUUUUGCCAAUGAUAUGCGUGUGUCACACAGCCAUCUUACUGUAAUUACAUUCAUGACAGUCCUAUUGUGGAUAAUGAAUCACCAUGCGCUGAGCACGCUCCACACAAAAGCAUCAUUAGGAAGUUGUUGUUGUUGUUGUUGGUUUGUCAGUCACCUCUUGCUGUUGGUUUGUCAGUCACCUCUUGCUGUUGGUUUGUCAGUCACCUCUUGUUGUUGGUUUGUCAGCCUCCUCUUGUUGUUGGUUUGUCAGUCACCUCUUGUUGUUGGUUUGUCAGUCACCUCUUGUUGUUGGUUUGUCAGUCACCUCUUGUUGUUGGUUUGUCAGCCUCCUCUUGCUGUUGGUUGUCAGCCUCCUCUUGUUGUUGGUUUGUCAGCCUCCUCUUGCUGUUGGUUUGUCAGUCACCUCUUGUUGUUGGUUUGUCAGCCUCCUCUUGUUGUUGGUUUGUCAGUCACCUCUUGUUGUUGGUUUGUCAGCCUCCUCUUGUUGUUGGUUUGUCAGUCACCUCUUGUUGUUGGUUUGUCAGUCACCUCUUGCUGUUGGUUUGUCAGCCUCCUCUUGUUGUUGGUUUGUCAGCCUCCUCUUGUUGUUGGUUUGUCAGUCACCUCUUGUUGUUGGUUUUGUCAGUCACCUCUUGUUGUUGGUUUGUCAGUCACCUCUUGUUGUUGGUUUGUCAGCCUCCUCUGUGUUGGUUUGUCAGCCUCCUCUUUGUUGUUGGUUUUGUCAGCCUCCUCUUGUUGUUGGUUUGUCAGUCCUCCUCUUGUUGUUGGUUUGUCAGUCACCUCUUGUUUGUUGGUUUGUCAGUCACCUCUUGUUGUUGGUUUGUCAGUCACCUCUUGUUGUUGGUUUGUCAGUCACCUCUUGUUGUUGGUUUGUCAGUCACCUCUUGUUGUUGGUUUGUCAGCCUCCUCUUGCUGUUGGUUUGUCAGCCUCCUCUUGCUGUUGGUUUGUCAGUCACCUCUUGUUGUUGGUUUGUCAGUCACCUCUUGUUGUUGGUUUGUCAGUCACCUCUUGUUGUUGGUUUGUCAGUCACCUCUUGUUGUUGGUUUGUCAGUCACCUCUUGUUGUUGGUUUGUCAGUCACCUCUUGUUGUUGGUUUGUCAGCCUCCUCUUGUUGUUGGUUUGUCAGUCACCUCUUGUUGUUGGUUUUCAGUCAGCUAUUGCUUUUGGUUUGUCAGUCACCUCUUGUUGUUGGUUUGUCAGUCACCUCUUGUUGUUGGUUUUUCAGUCAGCUAUUGCUUUUGGUUUGUCAGUCACCUCUUGUUGUUGGUUUGUCAGCCUCCUCUUUUUGUUGGUUUGUCAGUCAUGUCUUGUUGUUGGUUUGUCAGUCACCUCUUGUUGUUGGUUUGUCAGUCAUGUCUUGUUGUUGGUUUGUCAGUCAUCUCUUGUUGUUGGUUUGUCAGUCACCUCUUGUUGUUGGUUUUUCAGUCACCUCUCACUGUUGGUUUGUCAGUCACCUCUUGUUGUUGGUUUGUCAGCCUCCUCUUGCUGUUGGUUUGUCAGCCUCCUCUUGUUGUUGGUUUGUCAGCCUCCUCUUGUUGUUGGUUUGUCAGCCUCCUCUUGUUGUUGGUUUGUCAGCCUCCUCUUGUUGUUGGUUUGUCAGCCUCCUCUUGUUGUUGGUUUGUCAGCCUCCUCUUGUUGUUGGUUUGUCAGCCUCCUCUUGUUGUUGGUUUGUCAGCCUCCUCUUGUUGUUGGUUUGUCAGCCUCCUCUUGUUGUUGGUUUGUCAGCCUCCUCUUGCCGUCUGGCCGCUGGAACACCUACUGUAGGUUUUUGGGAGUAAUAAUUCAUUUUAUUUGUGUACUUCCAAAUAAAAUAUCAAGGUGGUCAAGUACAUUGAAACAGGAUUGAAACUGUACAGUAGCUAUUUCCUGUUUUUCCUCCUUCUCUCUAUCCCCAUGGCAGGUGAAUAUGGACCCUCAGAAUGACCGUCUGCCUCAGUACUUCAACGCAGCAGAGAAGUGGCCUGGAAAGAUCCAUGAACCUCUGGACCAGGGCAACUGUGCUGCCUCCUGGGCCUUCUCCACUGCAGGUGAGACACAAAAUGCUAGUAAAAUACUGGCAGAAUGCUGGCAAAAUACUGGCAGAAUGCAAGUAAUGACGAAAAUACUGGCAAAAGGCUGGUAAAAUGCUGGUAGAAUACUGGUAAAACACUGGUAUUUUGGUGAAUUACUGGAAUUUCUGUAAAAUACUGGUAAAUGUGGGUAAAGAAAAUUGAGAAAUAUUGCAAAAUACUGGAAAGAUGCUGGUAAAAUGGUCAUAAAAUUACUUAUUUGAAGUACCAGCUCAUUCCCACAGAAUAUCUUAGAACAUCUCUAAGGACAUUUUACAGAAUUUAUUUUAAAACACUCUCUUUCUUUCUAUCUCUCUUUUCCUCGCUCAGCGGUGGCGUCGGAUCGAAUCUCCAUCCAGUCGAUGGGUCACAUGACCCCUCAGCUGUCGCCCCAGAACCUCAUUUCCUGUGACACGCGCAACCAAGGGGGCUGUGCUGGAGGACGUAUCGACGGAGCCUGGUGGUACCUGAGACGCAGAGGGUAGGACAUAUUUCACUGCAACACCAGGCACAAUAUUUUGGGUCAGUUUUUUGAUCUUUUUAUUGAAUAUUCUAUGUUCUCUCUCAUCUCUAUCUGUCUCCAUCUCUCUAUGUCUCUGUUUUUUCUUCUAUCUCUCUCUCUCUCUCUCUCUCUCUCUCUCUCUCUCUCUCUCUCCCUCUCUCUCUCUCCCUCUCUCUCUCUCAGUGUGGUGACAGAGGAGUGCUACCCGUUCUCUGCCCCCCAGCAGACACCAGCGGAGGUGGGCCGCUGUAUGAUGCAGAGUCGCUCUGUGGGCCGAGGGAAGAGACAGGCUACAGCACGCUGCCCCAGCACACACACCUACCACAACGACAUCUACCAGUCUACACCUCCCUACAGGCUCUCAUCAAACGUAUGUACACACACUCGCACGCACACACACACACCAUUACCACCAUCAAAACAUCUCCUGUUCAACACCUCUCCACGGGAUGUGUACCUCUGACAUCAGCUCAUCACCGCUUGCAAAACAUACUCUGUAAUCCUCCAUAAACAUGGUAAAGUACGUUGCAUAAGCUCUGUACACACAUGGCUGAAUUCCUCAUGCUACAUUAGCCCAUUAGCUCUCUCACGUAUUUGUCUUAAUGUGUUUUCUCUACCGUCGAGAAAGUACAGAAGUCUCAGUUUGCUCGCUCAUAAAUUAAUUCCUUGUGAAGGAUGCAGACCUUUACAUUUCCAUGUGAAGUGGCAGAAAGAGAGAGAGAGCAGUGGUGUAAAUAUUAAGUGGUAGGCUAAAGUUGGAUUACUUCUGGGCAACAUCUGUCGUCAACAUCACUCACCUGUAGGCCCUAUUUUCCGGUUUACACUUGAACACGCCAGAUUUCUCAACUGAUCUAAGACAGAGUGGGUAGCAGUAGGGAAUGUUACUGGAGUGAGCUACAGUAGAUCAACUGGAAAGCCUGUAGCUAUUACAUUAAGGUUGUGUCCCAAAUAGCACCCUAUUUCCUACAUAGUGCACUACUUUUGAUAGUACUCUACCCUAAGGACCCUGAUCAAAAGAAAUGCAUGGGUCCUGAAAAGAGUAGUGCACUAUGUAGGGAAUAGGGUGCCAUUGAGGCAGCCUAACUGUUUCCAGAGUACAUGAGCAGUUAGAGAACCCACAUGCACCCACUUGUUUUAUAUCCUAAUCAAAGUAGACCCACUGAGCUACAGCCUACCUGUGGUUUAUUACCUCUCACCAUCAAUCAUUCUAAAUGAUGCCUGAUGUUGGAAAUCAUUACAGCAUGUUUCUCUUCCUCUAUGACCUCUCAAGUCACCAAGAGAUGUACUGUACUACAUGGUCUACUGAUUUAUGUUGAUAUCCUCUCCACUUUAUCGCUUUCAUCUAAUUACAGAUCUGUCCAUUUCUUUCCUUUCAUCAAAUCACAGUUCUGUCCAUCUCUCGUUUCUUCACAGGAGAAGGAGAUCAUGAAGGAGAUUGUGGAUAACGGCCCAGUGCAAGGUAGGAUUAUCUAUUGACCAUGACUUCCUGUGUGUGUGUGUGUGUGUGUGUGUGUGUGUGUGUGUUUGUGCGUGCGUGCGUGCGUGCAUGCAUGCAAUUGCCAUUGGCAACUAUAAUACUGGAACCAUAUGUGUAUGCUGUAGCGCUCAAAGCCAUCUCUUGGUUUUCUGAAUGAAUACAGACGGGCAAGACAGCCUGCUUAAGGAGGAGCAUUGGGUAUGAGAGGAUGUGUGUAUCAGAUGUUUGGGCUAUAACUCUGAUUCAUCAUGCCAUUGUUGGACAUUGUUGGACUGGUAUUCAGGAGGAAGAGUGUCUUUGUACAGGGUAUGUAAUGUGGUGAACAUGCCAGAGACCUAAAAACCAUUGUCAGCCCCCAGAGGCUUUAGCUUAGAGGGAUAACUCUACAUUGAGGCAGCUCAAUUAACCCAAGCUCGAACCCCAGUGAUUAGGACUGUUUAUAGUGUAGCUUCCAACCCCGGCCCUUAGUUCAUUCACCUUCAUAUGUAGACUUCUCACCUUCGCCCUAAUGAUUUGCUUAUGAUUUGUUGACAAUGUCCUAAGAUAUUGACAAUUCCCUAUACAAUUAUUUUGGACCCAAAUGUGUCACCUGGAAAACACCUGGCUGAAAAUAGUUAAAAUCACCAAGCAUCUGCUCUUAAGGGCUAGUAUUCAUAAACAGACAUAGCUGAGGUACCUCUCUCUUUGUAGAACACAGGGAAGUUCUAAACACGUGCUUCACAAGUGUCUCACAAGCAGUGAAAAGUGUAAAAGUGUAAAAAGGUGAGGCCUCAGGUAGGGAAUUUGACCUUUGAAAGAACUUUGAUGUUGUCCGUUGUCUGUGACCUCAGUCUCAAUUUGACCUGGGUCACUUAGCCAGGUGGAUACAACUGGUGUUCCUGAUGCUAUUCAUUAUACACGGUUGUCCGCACAAUUGUAAAUUCCUCAGAAGUUGGGAUGGAGAGAGUGAUGGAUAGAGGAAAAUGAACAGAAAGAAAGGGAGACUGAAAGGAGGAGAGAAAUAGAGAACAACAAAUAGACAGUGGAAUGUAGACUGUGUGAGUGUUAGUACACUGUAUACCUUUGUGUGUGCGCGCGUGCAUGUGUUUGCGUGCACGUGUAUGUGUGCACGUGUGGUUGUACAGAGGUAGUCUGAGCCUGGUCCAGCCUUGAUGUAUUGUUGCAAACAGCAGGACUGAAACAUUGGCCUGCCGACAACUUGUCCUUUCUUUUUUCAUGAAUAUUGUCGUUACCUUUGCCAUAGAGGAGUGUGUGUCCUGGUUUAUUGGCAGUAAGAGAGCAAGAUAGCUCUACUGGGUUUAUAGUGCACCGGUUCAAAGAGUCCCAACACCGCACCUGAGAGCCUCCACAAUCCCCUGACCUCCACCCAAUUGAGAUGGUUUGGGAUGAGUUGGACCGCAGAGUGAAGGAAAAGCAGCCAACAAGUGCUCAGCAUAUGUGGGAACUCCUUCAAGACUGUUGGAAAAGCAUUCCAGGUGAAGCUGGUUGAGAGAAUGCCAAGAGUGUGCAAAGCUGUCAAAAGGCUGUCACGCCCUGGCCUUGAGAGGCAGGUUCUCUUUAGUUGGUUUGGUCAGGGCGUGAGAAUCUAUGCUAGAAAUUCUAUGUUUAUGUUCUAGGUAUUGUAUUUCUAUGUUUGGCCGGGUGUGAUUCCCAAUCAGAGACAGCUGUCGCUUUUUGUCUCUGAUUGGGGAUCAUACUUAAGUAGCCUGUUUGCCUACCUUAGUUGUGGGAUCUUGUUCCGUGUUUAGGCUUGUAUGUGUAUAGCCUGAGGACUUCACGUUACGUUGUUUCUUGUUUUCUUUAUGUUUAUUGAGUUUAAUAAACAUGUUUGCAUACCACGCUGCACCUUGGUCUGACCCGUCUCUCAACGAUCGUGACAGAAGAUCCCACCCCCAACGGACCAAAGCAGCGUGCUCAGGAGGAACAAACACCAUGGACACAGGUGGGUAAGAUGUGGUCUUGGGAGGAGAUAUUUGCGGGUAAAGGACCCUGGGCGAAGGAGGAAGCCCAGGCAGGAGAGGAGAAAUGGCGACCCAAAAGGACUCGGUCAGGAAGAAAGCCCGGGAAGCAGCCCCAAUAACAUUUUGGGGGGGGGGCACACGGGGUGGUUGGCGGAGCCAGGGUUCAGAGCAGAGCCAACUCUCCGUAGUCACGCUAGGAAGCGUGUGACCGUGCAGGCUCCGUGUUAUGCGGAGCUACGCAGUGUGUCGCCAGUGCGCCGGCACAGUCCGGUGCGUCCUGUGCUAGCGCCACGCACAUGCCGUGCGAAAAUGGGCAUCAAGCCAGGACGGGUUGUGCCUGCUCAACGAUCCUGGUCUCCAGUACGCCUCCUCGGUCCAGCAUAUCCUGCACCGGUUCUACAUACUGUAUCGCCAUUGCGCGUGCACAGCCCGUGCCAGCUCCUCACACCAAACCAGGGGUGCCUGUCGCCAGCCCAGUACGCCCCGUACCUGCUCCCCGCACCAGGCCAGUGGUGCGUGUCUCCAGUCCGGCCCGGCCCGUGCCUGCACCUCGCACCAAGACAGUGGUGCGUGUUUCCAGUCCGGUACGACCCGUGCCUGCUCCUCGCACCAGACCAGUGGUGCGUGUCCCCAGUCCGGCCCGGCCCUGCUCCUCGCACCAGACCUGUGGUGCGUGUCUCCAGUCUGGCCCGGCCCGUGCCUGCUCCUCGCACCAAGCCAGUGGUGCGUGUUCCCAGUCCGGCACGGUCCGUGCCCAUUCCACCGGUGCCCAGUCCAGCUCCGGUUAACGGUUCCACUCCGGAGCCAGAGAAGUCCGCUCCACCGGUGUUGUCCAGUCCAGCUCCGGUCAGCGGCUCCACUCCGGAGCCAGAGUAGUCCGCUCCACCGGUGCCUAGUCCAGUUCCGGUCAGCGGUUCCACUCCGGAGCCAGAGUAGUCUGCUCCACCGGUGCCCAGUCCAGUUCCGGUCAGCGGUUCCACUCCGGAGCCAGAGCAGUCCGCUCCACCGGUUGUUCAGUCCAGCUCCGGUCAGCGGCUCCACUCCGGAGCCAGAGUAGUCCGCUCCACCGGUGUUGUCCAGUCCAGCUCCGGUCAGCGGCUCCACUCCGGAGCCAGAGUAGUCCGCUCCACCGGUGCCUAGUCCAGUUCCGGUCAGCGGUUCCACUCCGGAGACAGAGCAGUCCGCUCCACCGGUGUUUAGUCCAGCUCCGGUCUGCGGCUCCACUCCGGAGCCAGAGUAGUCCGCUCCACCGGUGCCAAGUCCAGCUCCGGUCAGCGGCUCCACUCCGGAGCCAGAGCAGUCCGCUCCACCGGGAUCCAGUUCAGCUCCAGUCAGCGGCGCCACUCCAGACCCAGAAGUCAGCCCCUCUCCAGGGUCGGGGCCUCCCACACCAGGGUCCAGACAGGGCUUGGUGCAUCGCGGGAGGAUUGCCGAUCCAGGCCCAGCCGUCAGCCCCUCUCCAGGUUCGGGGUCUCUCACACCAGGGUCCAGACAGGGCUUGGUGCAUCGUGGGAGGAAGGAGAGGGGAAGCAUUGUGCCGAGGUCCAGACCAGACCAGGGGCGCAACGGGGAGGCAGAGAGGGAGAGGUCGUCACGCCCGGAGCCGGAUCCGCCUCCGAGGCGGAAUGCCCACCCGGACUCUCCCCUAAUGAGUCAGGUUGGUGCGACCGGAGUACGCACCUUUGGGGGUGGGUACUGUCACGCCCUGGCCUUGAGAGGCCGGUUGUCUUUAGUUGGUUUGGUCAGGGCGUGAGAAUCUAUGCUAGAAAUUCUAUGUUUAUGUUCUAGGUUUUGUAUUUCUAUGUUUGGCCGGGUGUGAUUCCCAAUCAGAGACAGCUGUCGCUCGUUGUCUCUGAUUGGGGAUCAUAUUUAAGUAGCCUGUUUGCCUACCUUAGUUGUGGGAUCUUGUUCCGUGUUUAGGCUUGUAUGUGUAUAGCCUGAGGACUUCGCGUUACGUUGUUUCUUGUUUUCUUUAUGUUUAUUGAGUUUAAUAAACAUGUUUGCAUACCACGCUGCACCUUGGUCUGACCUGUCUCUCAACGAUCGUGACAAAGGCAAAGGGUGGCUAUUUGAAGGAUCUAAAAUCUCAAAUAUAUUUUGAUUUGUUUAACACUUUUUUGGUUACUACAUGAUUCCAUAUGUGUUAUUUCAUAGUGUUGAUGUCUUCACUAUUAUUCUACAAUGUAAAAAAUAGUAGAAAAUAAAGAAAAACCCUUGAAUGAGUAUGUGUGUCCAAACUUUUGACUGGUACUGUAAGUAUUCAGACCCUUUACUCAGUACUUUGUUGAAGCACCUUUGGCUGCAUUUACAGCCUCAAGUCUUCUUAGGUAUGACGCUACAAGCUUGGCACACCUGUAUUUGGGGAGUUUCUCACAUUCUUCUCUGCAGAUCCUCUCAAGCUCUGUCAGGUUGAAUGGGGAGCGUCGCUGCACAGCUAUUUUCAGGUCUCGCCAGAGAUGUUCGAUCGGGUUCAAGUGCGGGCUCUGGCUGGGCCACUCAAGGACAUUCAAAGACUUGUCCCGAUGCCACUCCUGCGUUGUCUUGGCUGUGUGCUUAGGGUUGUUGUCCUGUUGGAAGUUGAACCUUCCCCCCAGUCUGAGGUCCUGAGCGCUCUGGAGCAGGUUUUCAUCAAGGAUCUCUCUGUACUUUGCUCCGUUCAUCUUUCCCUCGAUCCUGACUAGUCUCCCAGUCCCUGCCGCUGAAAAACAUCCCCACAGCAUGAUUUUGCCACCACCAUGCUUCACCGAAGGGAUGGUGCCAGGUUUCCUCCAGACGUGAUGCUUGGAAUUCAGGCUAAAGAGUUCAAUCUUGGUUUCAUCAGACCAGAUAAUCUUGUUUCUCAUGGUCUGAGAGUCCUUUAGGUGUCUUUUGGCAAACUCCAAGCGGGCUGUCAUGUGCUUUUAACUGAGGAGUAGCUUCCGUCAGGCCACUCUACCAUAAAGGCCUGUUUGGUGGAGUGCUGCAGAGAUGGUUGUCCUUCUGGAAGGCCUCACCUUUCUACAGAAGAACUCUGGAGCUCUGUCAGAGUGACCAUCAGGUCACCUCCCUGACCAAGACCCUUCUCUCCAGAUUGCUCAGUUUGGCUGGGCGGCCUGCUCUAGGAAGAAUCUUGGUGGUUCCAAACUUCUUUCAUUUAAGAAAGAUGGAGGCCACUGUGUUCUUGGGGACCUUCAAUGCUGCAGAUCUGUGCCUCGACACAAUCCUGUCUCGGAGCUCUACAGACAAUUCCUUCGACCUCAUGGCUUGGUUUUUGCUCUGACAUGCGUUGUCAACUGUGGGACUUUAAAUAGACAGGUGUGUGCCUUUCCAAAUCAUGUCCAAUCAGUUGAAUUUACCACAGGUGGACUCCAAUCAAGUUGUAGAAACAUAUCAAGAAUGAUCAAUGGAAACGGGAUGCACCUGAGCUCAAUUUCGAGUCUCAUAGCAAAGGGUCUGAAUACUUACGUAAAUAAGGUAUUUCUGUGUCUUAUUUUUAACAAAUUUGCAAACAUUUCUAAAAACCGGUUUUCGCUGUGUAGGUUGAUGAGGAAAUAAAUUCAUUUAAUCCGUUUUAGAAUAAGGCUGGAAAAAGGGAAGGGGUCUGAAUACUUUCCGAAUGCACUGUAGGCCUAUGCAGUCAUCGGUUUUCAUUUGAAGCAUAUUUUAAUCCUUCGCUUAACAAUUGCAAAGAUAUUGGCAAUUUUGUAUUUGUAGUAGAGCUGGGCCAUAAUGAAGAAAAUGCAUAUCGCGAUAAAUUGCCUGAAUUUAUGCAAUAAUGUUAAAUAAAAGGAUAAGUUUAUAACAUGAAUGUGCACAACAGUUUUUUUAAUCAUCCUUUAAACUAUUACUACUAGAUUGAUGGUUGUAGCCAUCAAUUAUCCCAUCAACAAUCACCCAUAUUAGCAAACUUAUUUCAUUUCAAACUUCACAUUUGUUUAGUAUGGGCUACUUAUCGUAAUGAACAAUAUCAGCAAAAUGCCUGCGAUAAGUGAUCGGUAUGGUUGGUGUCAAUUUUCGGUUUAUCGGCCCAUCUCUAAUUUGUAGUCAACUUCAUUAUGAAGUUAUCGGUGGUCACAGAGAGACAGAAAACCAUCUUGAUUCUUUGUUUAACAGAGAUCUUCUGUGUAUAAUGUGGCGCGGUAGGGAAAAAAUGCAUCUAACGAAGUAAUUAGCUGUUCGACGACUGGUCUGAGGCAGUCAGUAAAUAACGAGCGUUUUAAAGAGCAACUUUAUUAACAAUGGUUUUGGGAAAAAGCUCAGAGAUUUAACGAUGCUCCUACAAAGGUUAUAACGAUUAACUUAGCCUUAAGAUGCUUUUGGGAAACCAGGCCCAGAUUGGUUACCUUUGAACUACAGUGAUGCUUUCUUUACCUGAUAUGGGUUAAUAGUAAAGUUGAUUGUAUCUAUGUUUUUCAACAAUAUUGAAGCAUGAACUAACUGCCUUUGGUUGGUCCUUUUAUAACCAUCUGAGAAGCUAUAGAUUUGUCUGGCUGUAAAAAGUGUGUGUUUCUGUGUUUCCAGUUCAUCUAACUUGUGUUUUUCUUCCUGUGUAUCCUGCAGCCAUCCUGGAGGUCCAUGAGGACUUCUUUGUCUAUAAGAGUGGGAUCUACAAACACACAGACGUCAGCUUCACCAAACCACCACACUACCGCAAACACAACACACACUCCGUCAGGAUCACAGGGUAAGGCUGUCAAUCAUCUGCCAUCUGGUAGAGCUUUGUGUUUUCUUUUAUCCAUUGUUAUGUGAUUACAUUUCAUUCGACAUUCAGUAUGUGGGAGGCAGUAUAGGAAGAAAAUGGCGGUAUUACUUUGGAUGUCUUGUGUUCAGUCUUCACCUUCCUCAAAUGUUAUUGUAGGCUAAAUGCAUUCAAUAUAUCUUAUCAAAUGUUCCAUAAUUCAUAUCUAAGGCCGGGAUUCAAUACAAGGCCGAUUAUAGUGCAGCACACUAUACAGGUGACAAUGUAGCUGUAAAUGACCUUUAAAGUCUGUUAUAGCGCACUGUGCUAUAAUUCGCCUUGCAUUGAAUUCCGGCCUAAGUCUACCAACAAUAGAAAACCUCAGUAUACUUGUUUGCAUUUGCCAAGUUAUUAAAUGAUGAAACCAUCUUCCUGUAUACAGUCCCAGACCGCAUGCUAGCACAGGUGUGUUAUGUUCUUCAGUGUGACUAAGAGAGUUGCCCUCCCUCCCCGUCUGUCUGUCGCUCCUUCUGUUGGAGACACCUUGGCUCCAGUCCUCAUUUCCCCAGACAAGCCCCUUAGUUACCACGGAGACCACAAAAAUGCAGGCAGGCAGACACUACACACCUGGAUCACCUCCCCAUCCCUCCCUGUCACUCCCUAUCACCCCACCCCCACCCCUCUGUCUCCCUCUGGGAGUGGAAUCAACUAGUCCCUAGACACUGAUCUAAGGUCAGUGUUGAUGUUUGGAGGUUAGGUUUUGGGGAGGGUAAGCUGAUCCUAGAUAUGUACCUAAGGGCAACUUCUAUGAGGAGCGAACACUUCCUCCGAGACAUUGUUCUCUCCACUCCCCCCCCCCAACCUAUUACCACUAAUCCCCAACACCCCAUCCCGGCCAAAUACUCACAUUAUAGUUUAGUCUGAGUGACCAGGUGUUUGUUUUGUGCUGUCUGUCUGGGCUGUCUAUUCUAGGCAUUACAAGCCUUGUGCCUAGAAUGAGGAAAGAUAUGCGUUAUGAACAUACUUUCCCCUUGUAAAGAUCCAUUUGAUGUGUUUUUCUAUCUGGAAAUUAUCACCUUCUGAGUCUGUUAGCUACCGGUGGAAUGUUUGGCUUGUGUGUGUGUAUGCGCAAGAGUGUGUGUGUGUGUGUGUGUGUGUGUGUGUGUGUUUGUGUGUGCUCCAGCGUUGUGCAAAAACUGGAGUUGGAGGGUUUGUUGUCUUUGGCUUGAACAAUGCUGUCAGUUGAAUAAAAAGGAGCAGAGCCGCUGAGAGCCAUCAUGGAGGCAGUUUCUCUAACUCUUAUCUGAUCGGCCAUUGAUCAAGAGAAACAGAGCAUGGAGAUCCACUUCCUGCCCCGUCCUGCUGGCUCUGUUUGGGUCUCAUGUGAUAUUGUGUCAUUUAACUUUUAGUAAUGUCUGUAUUUGUCAGUGUGUAUUUCUACCUGCAUUUUUGAGGUAUAAUUCAUAACCAGUGGGCAUGUCUGAAGACUUUAUUUACCUAUACCUGGUUUGUCUCUGACAUCAAGUGAGUGCUCUGUUUGCUUGGUUGUUUGUGAGUAUGUAUUUCACAUGUAUGUCAUAAAUGCAGUAUAUUAGAUUAUGUAGGCCAUAUACAUAAAUUCUGUAUAUAUGGCUUUGUGGGGCUGUACAACUAUGCUAAGUAUUCUAGGUCAGGAAAGUCUAGGGCAGGGAUCAUCAUCUAGAUUUGGCCCGCAGGCCAAUUUUUUCUUGAGCGGAUGGUCGGGGGGCUGGAACAUAAUUACAAAUAAUUUGUAGACUACAAAUUGACCGCAAAAAGCCCAAACAGAUAUAAUGUUUGACUAAAACAAAAUCGUUUCAAACCUUGCUUACAUUUGUAUAUGAUCACGUGUCUCUCUAUUAUGCGUGGGAAUACUUGGGAAAAUAUUUCUUAAAUUAAAAUCACUUGGAGCUGAUUUCCUGGUGUUUUUACAGUCUUUAAUGUCCAACAAUAAAAAAGAAAAAAAAUAUUGAAAGAAGUUGGGGAACCCUGGUCUAGGGUCUCGGUCUAUCAAGGUCAAUAGCAUAAGGCUGAUUCCCAAAUGGCACCCUAUUCCCUUUAUAGUGCACUACUUUGACCAAGGCUCAUAGUGCUCAGCUCAAAAGAAAUGCUCUACAUAGGGAAUAUGGUGCCAUUUGGGGUGCACACUAGCUCUGGUCUGUCCUGGAUCGCUGCUGGAGUCUGGUCUGUCCUGUCUGGUCUGUCCUGUCUGGUCGGUCCUGUCCUGUCCUGUCUGGUCUGUCCUGGCACACUGCUGGUGUCAUGCUCUACUGAUGAUGAUGAUGAUGAUGAUGGUUGAAGCUCAUAUUCCCCCUGCAUCCAACCUCCGCUGACACUGCGGUUCUUUCGCUGGUUUGGGCCACGAACGCGAGGCUCGGUGGGCACUGAGGGUAUGGAUUUGGGGUCGGGGUGGGGGUGGGGGGAAGAAGGGGGGUCAGGACAGGGUGCGUAGAGCCUGACUGUCACAAGCACUGAUGUUUUUACAAGCAAAAUCCCGCUGCAGUGCGUUCUAGUAAGCCAAGGGCAUGGGAAAGUUUGUGUUUAGGGCAUUGAGGUCCACUCUGGUGGAAAGGGAAUUGUCUGGUGUGUUGAUCCCAACUGUACUGGACAGAGAGGGGAUCAGACCCAUAGAGGAGGUCAGGGGUAAGGUGGGGGAGGACUGGUAUGUCCCUCAUUGUCCAGGGGGAACAACGCUAACUGGGGGAGAUAAGGGCUCCAUAGUGGUCCAAUUCUGUCUGGCUCUCUGGCUCUGCCCGUAUACACACACACGUAUACACACAAGUACACACACAUACAAAUGUGCACACACACACACACACACACACACACACACACAUGCAUGCACAAAUGCACCCACACACACACACACACAAACGCACCCACACACACACACACAAUUUAGCCUCCCAAAACACACAUCCUGCCUUGCCUGGCUAUCCAUCCACAUCGCUCCUGCCAAACGCCACGCCCACUAACAUUUAUUCUCCACCAUGAGUCUGGAUUUGAUCACCUCCCAGACGACUUCUCGAAAGUUAACACAUUCUAAUCGUUCUUAUUGGUCUCAGAAACCGAUGGGUUGGGCCAGAGCCUGAACACACGUGGUUAAAACGGCGUGGGGACAACGUCCCUCACUUUGGUGUCAGCAGAAAGGGCUUCUAGGAUGGCAGUCUCAGACUGAAUAUAUGUAGCGAUAGCGGAAUUAAAUCCAGUCUGAGUCUUCAGACAACCUCCAGUCUCCAUCUAUUUAAGAUGUGGUUGUGAUGUUUGUACAGCUGUUUGUAUUUGCCUAUUCAAAGCAUGAUGACCCUUGAUCUCUUGUCCGAACCAGAGUCAAGUAAUAAAGAGACUUGCUGAAUGAAGAUUGGCAUUAUUCGCAAAUAUUUUGGUGGCAGGCUACCGGGUUGGCAACAACUCCCGAGUGGCGCAGUGGUCUAAGGCACUGCAUCGCAGUGCUAGCUGUGCCACUAGAGAUCCUGGUUCGAAUUCAGGCUCUGUCAUAGCUGGUCGCGACCGGGAGACUCAUGGGGUGGCACACAAUUGGCCCAGCAUCGUCCAGGGCAGGGGAGGGAAUGACCGGCAGGGAUGUAGCUCAGUUGGUAGAGCAUGGCGUUUGCAACGCCAGGGUUGUGGGUUCGAUUCCCACGGGGGGUAUAACAAAUAAAAUAAAAAAAUAACAAACUGUAAGUCGCUCUGGAUAAGAGCGUCUGCUAAAUGACUAAAAUGUAAAUGUAACUGAAAACACCACAUCUCUUUCCCAGCAUUCCUUUUCUCUUAUAAAAGAUGAGGCUCUAGAGGCCCUAGGGCCUGGUGUUCACAAACAGGAUGGGAAUAGAACUGGAGCAAGGGAGGGGGGAGGGAAAUUAGGUCUGAGACGCAGGGACUCUGGGCCGUAUCCGACUGGGGGCAACUGCCAGAUAGGACCAGAAGCUAAAGAUGAUGGGAAUUUAUGGGCAUUUGCCAGAAGGAGAGAGAGAGAGAGACCUCUGCAGGGGUAAGGUGAAUUUAUGAGAGCCUCACUCAACCUUCAGCAAUGUUGUUGUUGUCUGUGAGAUGACAGGAGUCGGGCGGUGACCACUUCUUCCCUGGCCGUCCAUCUCCUUCCUGUUUCCUGCGCUGCGAUGGGGGAAGUGGCAGAGGGGGGAAUUCAGUGUGCUGCUGAGGAAUCUGAAUGAUGUGGGAUCAAAUCAAAUCAAAUCAAAUUGUAUUUGUCACAUGCGGCAAGUACAACAGGUGCAGACCUUACAGUGAAAUGCUUACUUACAAGCCCUUAACCAACAAUGCAGUUUUAAGAAAGAAUACCAAAAAAUAAAAAUAAACACAAUAUAAAAUAAUACGAAAUAAAAGUAACAAAUAAUUCAAGAGCAGCAGUAAAAAUAACAAUAGCGAGGCUAUAUACAGGGGGUGCCAGUACCGAGUCAAUGUGCGGGGGCAUCGGUUAGUCGAGGUAAUUGGGGUAAUAUGUACAUGUAGGUAGAGUUAUUAAAGUGACUAUGCGUAGAUAAUAAACAGUAGCAGCAGCGUAAAAGAAGGGGUGGGGGGGGGUUUAUGGCUUGGGGGUAGAAGCUGUUUAGAGGCCUCUUGGACCUAGACUUGGCGCUCUGGUACAGCUUGCCGUGCGGUAGCAGAGAGAACAGUCUAUGACUAGGGUGGCUGGAGUCUUUGACAAUUCUUAGUGUUGAGGAUCAGCGUGGCGGAUGUGUUGUUACCUACCCUUACCACCUGGGGGCGGCCCGUCAGGUAGUCCAGGAUCCAGUUGCAGAGGGAGGUGUUUAGUCCCAGGGUCCUCUGACACCGCCUGGUAUAGAGGUCCUGGAUGGUAGGAAGCUUGGCCCCAGUGAUGUACUGGGCCGUACGCACUAACCUCUGUAGUGCCUUGCGGUCGGAGGCCGAGCAGUUGCCAUACCAGGCAGUGAUGCAACCAGUCAGGAUGCUCUCGAUGGUGCAGCUGUAGAACCUUUUGAGGAUCUAAGGACCCAUGCCAAAUCUUUUCAGUCUCCUGAGGGGGAAUAUGUUUUGUCGUGCCCUCUUCACGACUGUCUUGGUGUGCUUGGACCAUGUUAGUUUGUUGGUGAUGUGGACACCAAGGAACUUGAAGCUCUCAACCUGCUCCACUACAGCCCUGUCGAUGAGAAUGGGGGCGUACUCGGUCCUCUUCUUUUUCCUGUCGUCCACAAUCAUCUACUUUGUCUUGAUCACGUUGAGGGAGAGGUUGUUGUCCUGGCACCACACGACCAGGUCUCUGACCUCCUCCCUAUAGGCUGUCUCGUCGUUGUCUGUGAUCAGGCCAACCACUGUUGUGUCAUCGGAAAACGUAAUGAUGUUGUUGGAGUCGUGCCUGGCCAUGCAGUCAUGAAUGAACAGGGAGUACAGGAGGGGACUGAGCACGCACCCCUGAGGGGCCCCCGUGUUGAGGAUCAGCGUGGCGGAUGUGUUGUUACCUACCCUUACCACCUGGGGGCGGCCCGUCAGGAAGUCCAGGAUCCAGUUGCAGAGGGAGGUGUUUAGUUGUCACGAUCGUCGUACGGAAUAGACCAAGGUGCAGCGUGAUGAACGAACAUGUUUAUUUACCUUUAGUGAUAAAUACUGACAAUGAACAAAACAACAAACGAUUCGUAACGUCCUAGGUAACAUAGACCAACACGGAACAAGAACCCACAAACACAAAGGGAAAAACAGACAGUUUAAAUAUGGCUCCCAAUCAGAGACAACCAGCCACAGCUGACACUCGUUGCCUCUGAUUGGGAGUCACUCAGGCCAACAUAGAAAUAAACAAACUAGAACUCCCAACAUAGAAACAGAACACAUAGAAUGAACACACCCUGGCUCAACAUAUAGAGUCCCAGAGCCAGGGUGUGACAGUACCCCCCCCUAAAGGCGCGGACUGCGACCGCGCCUCAACUAGAGCAAAACAGGGGAGGGCUGGGUGGGCAUUCCUCCUCGGCGGCGGUUCUGGCUCCGGGCUUGCCCACCACCCUCCAAUACUCCCCCCAUAGCGCCCCUGGUCCGGUCUGGCCCCGCUGGCUGGAGCUGAACUGGACGUAGCAGGAGCGGUUAGCUUCAGCUCCGUUGUGGAGCAGUUGAGCGGUACCUGAUUAGGUACCGAUGACCCAGGCACGGGUUGUGCCGGACUGACGACGCGCACCCCUGGCUUGGUGCGUGAGGCAGGAACGGACCGGACUGGGCUGACGAUGCGCACCCCUGGCUUGGUGCGUGGAGCAGCAACGGGCCGGACCGGGCUGACGAUACGCACCCCUGGCUUGGUGCGUGGAGCAGGAACGGACCGGACCGGGCUGACGAUGCGCACCCCUGGCUCGGUGCGUGGAGCCGGAACGGGCCUCACCGGACUGACGACUCGCACCCCUGGCUUGGUGCGUGGAGCAGCAACGGGCCGGACCGGGCUGACGAUGCGCACCCCUGGCUUGGUGCGUGGAGCCGGAACGGGCCUCACCGGACUGACGACUCGCACCCCUGGGUUGGUGCGUGGAGCAGCAACGGGCCGGACCGGGCUGACGAUGCGCACCCCUGGCUUGGUGCGUGGAGCCGGAACGGGCUUUACCGGGCUGACGACUCGCACCCCUGGCUUGGUGCGUGGAGCAGCAACGGGCUUAACCAGGCUGACGACUCGCACCCCAGGCUUGGUGCGUGGAGCAGCAACGGGCCGGACCGGGCUGACGAUGCGCACCCCUGGCUUGGUGCGUGGAGCCGGAACGGGCCUCACCGGACUGACGACUCGCACCCCUGACUUGGUGCGUGGAGCAGCAACGGGCUUUACCAGGCUGACGACUCGCACCCCUGGCUUGGUGCGAGUAGCAGGAACGGGCUGGACCAGGCUGACGACUCGCACCCCUGGCUUGGUGCGAGUAGCAGGAACAGGCCGGGCCGGGCUGGCGACGCGCACCGUAGGCUUGGUGCGAGUGGCAGGAACAGGCCGGGCCGGGCUGGCGACGCGCACCGUAGGCUUGGUGCGAGUGGCAGGAACAGGCCGGGCCGGGCUGGCGACGCACACCGUAGGCUUGGUGCGAGUGGCAGGAACAGGCCGGGCCGGGCUGGCGACGCGCACCGUAGGCUUGGUGCGAGUGGCAGGAACAGGCCGGGCCGGGCUGGCGACGCGCACCGUAGGCUUGGUGCGAGUGGCAGGAACAGGCCGGGCCGGGCUGGCGACGCGCACCGUAGCUUUGGUGCGAGUGGCAGGAACAGGCCGGGCCGGGCUGGCGACGCACACCGUAGGCUUGGUGCGAGGGGCAGGAACAGGCCGGACCGGGCUGGCGACGCACACCGUAGGCUUGGUGCGAGGGGCAGGAACAGGCCGGGCCGGGCUGGCGACGUGCACCGUAGCUUUGGUGCGAGUGGCAGGAACAGGCCGGGCCGGGCUGGCGACGCGCACCGUACACUUGGUGCGAGGGGCCGUAACAGGCCGGACCGUACUGGGGACACACACCACUGGCUCUACGCCGGGAUCUGGAACGGGCCGGACCGGACUGGUAACACACCCCAGUACCUCUCGCCGUGCCUCUAAACCUUCUUUCCCUACUUUGACCAGUGGCCCCCGUAAUCUGGUGGCCUUCUGAAUACGCCCCUUUUCUGCCUCCGUCAGCCCUGUCGUCCAUGCCGUGUGCCCCCCCCUAAAAAUGUUUUGGGGUUGCCUCUCGUCAGCCCGACGACGACACUGAUCACGCCGUUGCUCCUCUCUCCGUCGCCUCUCUACUGUCUCACUCCAUGGCCGGCGAUCCAUCCCGGCCAGGAUUUCCUCCCAGGUCCAGGACCCCUGCCCGUCUAAGAUCUGCUCCCACGUCCAGGCUGCCUGCUCCUGGACACGCUGCUUGGUCCUUGUAUGGUGGGUUCUUCUGUCACGAUCGUCGUACGGAAUAGACCAAGGCGCAGCGUGAUGAAUGAACAUGUUUAUUUACCUUUAGUGAUAAAUACUGACAAUGAACAAAACAACAAACGAUUCGUAACGUCCUAGGUAACAUAGACCAACACGGAACAAGAACCCACAAACACAAAGGGAAAAACAGACAGUUUAAAUAUGGCUCCCAAUCAGAGACAACCAGCCACAGCUGACACUCGUUGCCUCUGAUUGGGAGUCACUCAGGCCAACAUAGAAAUAAACAAACUAGAACUCCCAACAUAGAAACAGAACACAUAGAAUGAACACACCCUGGCUCAACAUAUAGAGUCCCAGAGCCAGGGUGUGACAUUAGUCCCAGGGUCCUUAGCUUAGUGAUGAACUUUGAGGGCACUAUGGUGUUGAACGCUGAGCAGUAGUCAAUGAAUAGCAGUCUGCUAAAUGACUUAAAUGUAAAUGUGUUCCUUUUGUCCAGGUGUGAAAGGGCAGUGUGGAACGCAAUAGAGAUUGCAUCAUCUGUGGAUCUGUUGGGGCGGUAUGAAAAUUGGAUGCAGGAGAGACGUGUGUGUGUGUGUGUGUGUGUGUGUGUGUGUUUGGGCAGUAUAAUCACUCUGGUGUUCCUUAGCCAUGGUCAUAAAUAACGUCUUGUUUUCAGGAUGCUGUUAGGAGAUGAAAGAUGUUUUGUACUCAGCAUCUCUACCUAUACUUAUAGCUCUGACUCGAAUUCCAUGUCAGUUGUGUCAAAACACUCUCAGGUGUGCACAUUCCUACGUGGGCGUGGGAUGUAUUUAAAAGCUACUUGUAAAAGGUUAAAAACAACACAAUUCACAACAGAAUAAUUGUCCGAUUAUUUUUACUCCCAGUGAAAAAUGAAGAAACCUCUGAAGUUCAUAAUAGUGUGUUCCCUUCAGUUGAAAACAAUCAUGUCAGUAAUCCGUCUCUGUGUGUUCUGUUCCAGGUGGGGAGAGGACAGGAACUAUGAUGGGACAACAAAUAAGUACUGGGUAAGUAAUGGCUCCUCACAUUACUCAUCACAUCUGUUUCUCUCUGUUGUGUCUCUUAUUUGUGUAAAUAUCUUAUGAUGUAUCUACCACAGGAGGAUGGUGGCACCUUAAUUGGGGAGGAUGAGCUCGUGGUAAUGGCUGGAGCAGAAUCAGGGGAAUGGUAUCAAAUACAUCAAACACAUGGUUUCCAUGUGUUUGAUGCCAUUCCAUUCGCUCCGUUUCAGCCAUUGUUAUGAGCCGUCCUGCCCUCAACAGCCUCCUGUGGUCUCUAUCUACUAUAUCUACAUUCUAACCCAUUCCACUCUUUCUAAUGACUUUUUCAGAUCGCUGCCAACUCGUGGGGGAAGAACUGGGGGGAGAACGGCUACUUCCGUAUCGCUCGCGGAGAGAAUGAGUGUGAGAUCGAGGCGUUCGUGAUCGGCGUGUGGGGUAGGGUCACCAUGGAAGACAUGCAGAGCCACCAUCACCACCAACACCGGCGACGCAAGUAGAGACAGACACUUUAGGAACCCAGCACCCCCAGAGCCCCUACCCUUCACCCCGUACCCACUUCUCUUCCUACCCUGGGGGAGCAACACAACCAGCCCCAGAGCCCCUACCCUUCACCCCAUACCCAGUUCCCCUUCCUACCCUGGGGGACCAACACAACCAGCCCCAGAGCCCCUAUCCUUCACCCCAUACCCAUUUCCCCUUCCUACCCUGGGAGAGCAACACAACCAGCCCCAGAGCCCCUACCCUUCACCCCGUACCCACUUCCCCUUCCCACCCUGGGGGAGCAACUCAACCAGCCCCAUACUAAACUCUGGGGGAGCAACACAACCAGAACCCUGGAGUUCCCACUCUGACCCAUGGAGGAACCAACUACCCCAAGAGCCCCUACUCUUACCCCCUUACCCCCAUAUCCCCUUACCCCACACUGGGGGUAAUGAAACCCCAGCCGCCCCCAACAUAACUCAAGGUUUAUGGCACCAAAACAAGCUCAUGGCCUGCAGGCCUCCCCGGCUUCAGGACACAGCAAUAAGCGCCUCAGGACUCACUAUCCCAAAGACCACACUUCCCAGACUCCUCGGCAUCAACUGUUUACUUCCUGCUUCUGUUCAGAAGCCUUCACUUCCACUGCUAUGAGGAUGAAAGGACUGGCUUGAUCUGAACUCUCUCUCUAUCGCUCUCUCUCUCUUUGGAUAGUGAGAACCAGAGAGACAGAAUGGUAGAUGAUACAGGCACCAGAGAGAAAUGAACAAUCCACUUGUGUUACAGUUUAGUUAGUGGUAUCACUGAGGACCUAACUCUUAAUCAUGCUAGCUACACUACCAGUCAAAGGUUUGGACACACCUACUCAUUCAAGGGUUUUUCUUUAUUUUUACUAUUUUUUACAUUGUAGAAUAAUAGUGAAGACAUCAAAACUAUGAAAUAACACAUAUGGAAUCAUGUAGUAACCAAAAAAGUGUUAAACAAAUCAAAAUAUAUUUGAGAUUUGAGAUUCUUCAAAUAGCCACCCUUUGCCUUGAUGACAGCUUUGCACACUCUUGGCAUUCUCUCAACCAGCUUCAUGAGGUAGUCACCUGGAAUGCAUUUCAAUUAACAGGUGUGCCUUGUUAAAAGUUAAUUUGUGGAAUUUAUUUCCUUCUUAAUGCGUUUGAGCCAAUCAGUUGUGUUGUGACAAGGUAGUGUGGUAUACAGAAGAUAGCCCUAUUUGGUAAAAGUCCAUAUUAUGGCAAGAACAGCUCAAAUAAGCAAAGAGAAACGACAGUCCAUCCUUACUUUAAGACAUGAAGGUCAGUCAAUACGGAAAAUGUCAACAACUUUGAAAGAUUCUUCAAGUGAAGUCGCAAAAUCCAUCAAGCGCUAUGAUAAAACUGGCUCUCAUGAGGACCGCCACAGGAAUGGAAGACCCAGAGUUACCUCUGCUGCAGAGGAUAAGUUCAUUAGAGUUACCAGCCUCAGAAACUGCAGCCCAAAUAAACGCUUCACAGAGUGAACAGAGUAACAGACACAUCUCAACAUCAACUCUUCAGAGAGGACUGUGUGAAUCAGGCCUUCAUGGUCGAAUUUCUGCAAAGAAACCACUACUAAAGGACACCAAUAAGAAGAAGAGACCUGCUUGGGCCAAGAAACACGAGCAAUGGACAUUACACCGGUGGAAAUGUGUCCUUUGGUCUGGAGUCCAAAUUUGAGAUUUUUGGUUCAAACCGCUGUGUCUUUGUGAGACUUGGUGUGGGUGAACGGAUGAUCUCCGCAUGUGUAUUUCCCACCGUAAAGCAUGGAGGAGUAGGUGUUAUGGUGUGGGGGUGCUUUGCUGGUGACACUGUCUGUGAUUUAUUUAGAAUUCAAGGCACACUUAAACAGCAUGGCUACCACAGCAUUCUGCAGCAAUACGCCAUCCCGUCUGGUUUGGGCUUAGUGGGACUAUCAUUUGUUUUUCAACAGGACAAUGACCCAACACACCUCCAGUGUAAGGGCUAUUUUACCAAGAAGUAGAGUGAUGGAGUGCUGCAUCAGAUGACCUGGCCUCCACAAUCCCCCGACCUCAACCCAAUUGAGAUGGUUUGGGAUGAGUCGGAUGGAAGAGUGAAGGAAAAGCAGCCAACAAGUGCUCAGCAUAUGUGGGAACUCCUUCAAGAUUGUUGGAAAAGCAUUCCAGGUGAAGCUGGUUGAGAGAAUGCCAAGAGUGUGCAAAGCUGUCAUCAAGGCAAAGGGUGGCUAUUUGAAUAAUCUCAAAUAUAAAAUAUAUUUUGAUUUGUUUAACACUUUUUUGGUCACUACAUGAUUCCAUAUGUGUUAUUUCAUAGUUUUGAUGUCUUCACUAUUAUUCUACCAUGUAAAAAAUAGUACAAAUAAAUUAAAACCCUUGAAUGAGUAGGUGUGUCCAAACUUUUGACUGGUACUGUAUAUCAUUGAUUAAUGUAUUCCUAUUACUGUCACAGAUCUGCAGUUGCAGUUGCAGUAGCCACGCAUCUCUCUACACAUUCCAAAGAAAGCAGAAUCUUACACUGGAAAGGGUGUUGGGCUAAGGCUUGGUGAAAGGUGGGGUUGAGGGUUUAGUGAACUUUCCUUUUGACCAAUAAUUUAUUUCCCCUCAUUUACCAAAAAACAAUGUUUUAUUUUUAGGUUAAUCCCACUAAGUGCAUAGUACAGGAUUGAGUCUCAGCAAGCUCUGGAAAUGUUCAGUACCACAUAACCUGUCUGUUUAUGGAAGACAUGGUGUCAACCUUCAACUUAAAUCUCAUGACCAUGACAGCUCUUCACUGAAUCCAACUGCUUGAACAUAACAUUUCUGUAUGAAUAAUAUUAGUGGGUCAACCAUUUAUACAUCUGCCUUAAUAGACAGUAUACACUCUUAGAAGUAAUUGAGCCUGGAAGAACCUUUUGAGGUUCUAAAAACUGACACACAGGGGGAACCUUUUCAGUCCAAAAAGGUUCCUUGAGGAAUCCCUCUGAAAAGGGUAUUCGAGGAACCCCUGUGUAAAGGUUCAAAUCGGAACCUUUUUUUGAUGGGAGGGGUUCAAUUUUGAACCUUUUUAAUAAUAUAUUGUAGAAGUGGAAGCCUCUCUGUUGAAAGUAUCCACCGUUUGUGUAUCAUAGUCUUAGUCUGUUUCAUUCUGUGUACACUGUGUUACGAUGAUGCUGAAAAUAUUAUUAUUGUUGCUGUUGUUGUAUUUUACUCUUAUUUUAUUACUUGCUUUGAGAUAUGUGGUUGUCUCACACACUCACACACUCCCCCCUCCCCUGACCAGUUGCUUUGAAGAGUGCAUGGGUGGUGCAAAUACCUAUUCUGAAAGGUGAACACACACAAAAUCAAAGUGCCUGGCUCUAAGGAGAGGAGGAGGUCGGACUCAGCUGUCAAAGUCUGUUCAGUGCUGUUUCAUUGUAGUAUUUUUGUCAGUUCGAUUAUCUAAGCCUAAUAUUUCACAGACACAACAUGCUACUAACACUUCAGUAUUUAGUAAUAGGCGUGUGUAGGCCUACAACAGACUCAUUGUGACAUUUCAAAGGUUGUGCAUUUCCAAAGAAGUGUUAGGUAGGUAGCUCAAGCCUCAACUGAAGCCAGUGAUCACACAGGUUCUGAUAUACUGAUAUAACUUGAUUUAACUGCCUUAUGUAAUGUUGCCAUAGGUGCUCUUUUUAUACUUUCUCAAAUGUUUUGAAAUGUUGUUCCAAUUUGAGAUAUAUUUUGUGUGCCUAUCAUGAGUUUUUAAAUGUCUCAGUUUCCAGAGGUGGCAACUGUCCUUUUAGAGACCACAUCAUGUAUCAGUUCACACCGUGCAGUCUCACUUCACAAUAAACUGCUUGGCUUCCCAGAAGUUAUGUAUUUUUAACUGUGCCACCUUUCCAAUAUGGCUUCAUGUUUUCACAUUGUUCAUGUAAAUCAGCCAGGCUCCUAUACACAAUUUCGUACAUUUCAAGUAGGCCACAGUUUUAAACCCCAUUACAACCAUCACCUCAUGAGAAAAGGAUAGAGACGCAGGAAAACCGAUAUGUUCAGAUGGACAAGCAAUGUUCAAUGUGGAGGAAGGGUACACUCUUAGAAAAAAGGGUUCCAAAAGGAUUCUUCGGCUGUCCACAUAGGAGAACGCUUUUUGGUUCCAGGUAGAACCCUUUUGGGUAAUCUGGAGGUGAAAGAAACUCACACCUGUUUAGGAGAGGUGCUGGCUAGCGGAUUAGAACACCUGUUUAGGCGAGGUGCUGGCUAACGGAGUAGAACACCUGUUUAGGAGAGGUGCUGGCUAACGGAGUAGAACACCUGUUUAGGAGAGGUGCUGGCUAGCAGAGUAGAACACCUGUUUAGGAGAGGUGCUGGCUAGCAGAGUAGAACACCUGUUUAGGAGAGGUGCUGGCUAACGGAGUAGAACACCUGUUUAGGAGAGGUGCUGGCUAGCAGAGUAGAACACCUGUUUAGGAGAGGUGCUGGCUAACGGAGUAGAACACCUGUUUAGGAGAGGUGCUGGCUAGCGGAGUAGAACACCUGUUUAGGAGAGGUGCUGGCUAGCAGAGUAGAACACCUGUUUAGGAGAGGUGCUGGCUAACGGAGUAGAACACCUGUUUAGGAGAGGUGCUGGCUAGCGGAGUAGAACACCUGUUUAGGAGAGGUGCUGGCUACGAGAGUAGAAACACCUGUUUAGGAGAGGUGCUGGCUAACGGAGUAGAACACCUGUUUAGGAGAGGUGCUGGCUAGCAGAGUAGAACACCUGUUUAGGAGAGGUGCUGGCUACGGAGUAGAACACCUGUUUAGGAGAGGUGCUGGCUAGCGGAGUAGAACACCUGUUUAGGAGAGGUGCUGGCUAGCGGAGUAGAACACCUGUUUAGGAGAGGUGCUGGCUAACGGAGUAGAACACCUGUUUAGGAGAGGUGCUGGCUAACGGAGUAGAACACCUGUUUAGGAGAGGUGCUGGCUAACGGAGUAGAACACCUGUUUAGGAGAGGUGCUGGCUAGCAGAGUAGAACACCUGUUUAGGAGAGGUGCUGGCUAACGGAGUAGAACACCUGUUUAGGAGAGGUGCUGGCUAGCGGAGUAGAACACCUGUUUAGGAGAGGUGCUGGCUAGCGGAGUAGAACACCUGUUUAGGAGAGGUGCUGGCUAGCGGAGUAGAACACCUGUUUAGGAGAGGUGCUGGCUAGCGGAGUAGAACACCUGUUUAGGAGAGGUGCUGGCUAGCGGAGUAGAACACCUGUUUAGGAUAGGUGCUGGCUAGCGGAGUAGAACACCUGUUUAGGAGAGGUGCUGGCUAGCGGAGUAGAACACCUGUUUAGGCGAGGUGCUGGCUAGCGGAGUAGAACACCUGUUUAGGCGAGGUGCUGGCUAGCGGAGUAGAACGCUUGGAAAAGAAAAGGAGAGCCGCACACUCUAGGAGCUCAGACGCAAUAAUUUAAUAACCUAAUAACCAACGUUUCGAUAGACAAGCUGUCUUCAUCAGGGUAUAAUUUAGCAAUAAGGCCCGAGGAGGUGUGGUAUAUGGCCAAUAUACCACGGCUAAGUGCUGUUCUUAGCACGACGCAACAAGACAGGAUUGUGUCGAGGCACAGAUCUGGGGAAGGGUACCAAAAGAUGUCUGCAGCAUUGAAGGUCCCCAAGAACACAGUGGCCUCCAUCAUUCUUAAAUGGAAGAAGUUUGGAACCACCAAGACUCGUCCUAUAGCUGGCCGCCUGGCCAAACUGAGCAAUCAAAGGAAAAGGGCCUUGGUCAGGGAGGUGACCAAGAACCCGAUGGUCACUCUGACAGAGCUCCAGAGUUCCUCUGUGGAGAUGGGAGAACCUUCCAAAAGGACAACAAUCUCUGCAACAUUCCACCAAUCAGGCCUUUAUGGUAGAGUGGCCCGACGGAAGCCACUCCUCAGUAAAAGGCACAUGACAGCCCGCUUGGAGUUAGCCAAAAGGCACCUAAAGGACUCUCAAACCAUGAUAAACAAGAUUCUCUGGCCUGAUGAAACCAAGAUUGAACUCUUUAGCCUGAAUGCCAAGCGUCACAUCUGGAGGAAACCUGGCACCAUCCAUAUGGUGAAGCAUGGUGGUGGCAGCAUCAUGCUGUGGGGAUGAUUUUCAGCGGCAGGGACUGGGAGACUAGUCAGGAUCGAGGGAAAGAUGAACUGAGCAAAGUACAGAGAGAUCCUUGAUGAAAACCUGCUCCAGAGGGCUCAGGACCUCAGACUGGGGCGAAGGUUCACCUUCCAACAGGACAAUGACCAUAAGCACACAGCCAAGACAAUGCAAGAGUGGCUUCGGGACAAGUCUCUGAAUGUCCUUGAGUGGCCCAGCCAGAGCCCAGACUUGAACCCGAUCGAACAUCUCUGGAGAGCUGAAAAUAGCUGUGCAGCGACGCUCCCCAUCCAACCUGACAGAGCUUGAGAGGAUCUGCAGAGAAGAAUGGGAGAUACUCCCCAAAUACAGGUGUGCCAAGCUUGUAGCAUCAUACCCAAGAAGACUCAAGGCUGUAAUCGCUGCCAAAGGUGCUUCAACAAAGUACUUAAUAAAGGGUCUGAAUACUUACGUAAAUGUGAUAUUUCUGUUUUUCGUUUUUAAUAAAUUUGCAAGAGUGUGCAAAGCUGUUGUCACGAACGUCAGGGAGAGACCAAGGCGCAGCGUUGAAUGCGUACAUAUUUAUUAAUAGAAUGAUCACACGAUCAAAACAACGGACGAUAACGUGAUGUCUACGGUUUAACACAAACCAAACAAGAACAAGAAACCACAAACACAAAGUGAAAGACAGACAGUUAAAUAUGGCUCCCAAUCAGAGACAACCAGCUGACACUCGUUGCCUCUGAUUGGGAGUCACUCAGGCCAACAUAGAAAUACAAACAUAGAAUUACACACCCUGGCUCAACAUAACAGUGUCCCCAGAGCCAGGGCGUGACAGUACCCCCCCCCUAAAGGCGCGGACUCCGACCGCGCCAACUAAAUACCACAGGGGAGGGACCGGGUGGGCACUCCGCCUUGGCGGCGGAUCCGGCUCCGGGCCUGAUCCCCACUCCCUCUCAAUCAAUCAAUCAAUUUUAUUUUAUAUAGCCCUUCUUACAUCAGCUAAUAUCUCGAAGUGCUGUACAGAAACCCAGCCUAAAACCCCAAACAGCUAGUAAUGCAGGUGUAGAAGCACGGUGGCUAGGAAAAACUCCCUAGAAAGGCAAAACCUAGGAAGAAACCUAGAGAGGAACCAGGCUAUGAGGGGUGGCCAGUCCUCUUCUGGCUGUGCCGGGUGGAGAUUAUAACAGAACCAUGCCAAGAUGUUCAAAAAUGUUCAUAAGUGACAAGCAUGGUCAAAUAAUAAUCAGGAAUAAAUCUCAGUUGGCUUUUCAUAGCCGAUCAUUAAGAGUUGAAAACAGCAGGUCUGGGACAGGUAGGGGUUCCAUAACCGCAGGCAGAACAGUUGAAACUGGAAUAGCAGCAAGGCCAGGCGGACUGGGGACAGCAAGGAGUCACCACGGCCGGUAGUCCCGACGUAUGGUCCUAGGGCUCAGGUCUCUCAGUUGGCUUUUCAUAGCCGAUCAUUAAGAGUUGAAAACAGCAGGUCUGGGACAGGUAGGGGUUUCGUAGCCGCAGGCAGAACAGUUGAAACUGGAAUAGCAGCAAGGCCAGGCGGACUGGGACAGCAAGGUGUCAUCAUGCCCGGUAGUCCUGACGUAUGGUCCUAGGGCUCAGGUUCUCAGAGAGAAAGAGAGAACGAGAGAAUUAGAGAGAGCAUACUUAAAUUCACACAGGACACUGGAUAAGACAGGAGAAGUACUCCAGGUAUAACCAACUAACCCUGAGCCCUCUCCAACCCCCCAAAGUACCCCUGGUCCGGUCUGGCCCCGCUGGCCGGAGCUGGACUGCACACUGAUGGAGCGGAUUGCUCUAGCUCCGGCGUAACGCAUCUGACCGGUGCCGGACCAGGCACCAGUGGAACAGGCACGGGCCGUGCCGGACCGACGACGCACACCACUGGCUUGGUGUGGGGAGCAGGAGCGGGCCGGACCGGGCUGACGAAGCGCACCACUGACUUGGUGCGGGGAGCUUGGAUGGGCCGGACUGGGCUGGUGACGCGCACCACAGACUUGGUGCGGAGAGCAGGAACGGGCCGGACAGGGCUGAUGAAACGCACCACAGACUUGGUGCGGGGAGCAGGAAUGGGCCGGACUGGGCUGGCGACGCACACCACAGACUUGGUGCGGAGAGCAGGAACGGGCCGGACAGGGCUGACGAAAUGCACCACAGACUUGGUGCGGGGAGCAGGAAUGGGCCGGACUGGGCUGGCGACGCGCACCACAGACUUGGUGCGGAGAGCAGGAACGGGCCGGACAGGGCUGACGAAACGCACCACAGACUUGGUGCGGGGUGCAGGAAUGGGCCGGACUGGGCUGGCGACGCGCACCACAGACUUGGUGCGGAGAGCAGGAACGGGCCGGACAGGGCUGACGAAACGCACCACAGACUUGGUGCGGGGAGCAGGAAUGGACCGGACCGUACUGGGGACACACACCACUGGCCCUACACCGGGAUCUGGAACGGGCCGGACCGGACUGGCAACACACGCCAGUACCUCUCGCCGUGCCUCUACAUCCUCCAUCCCCUCUUCGACCAGUGGCCCCCGUAACCUGGCGGCCUCCUCUGGCAACCCGCUGGGCCGCUCUAUCGCGGCCUCCUGCUGGUCCGACGUCGUGAGCCCCCCCCUAAAAAUUUUCUGGGAGUCUCUCCUCCCCGUGGGCGAGAUAAUUCUCGCCCAACUCUCGCUCUUCUGCUUCCAAUCUCCGCCAUUCAGCUCCUCAUUCGGCUUGACCCAGUCGAAGCUCUGCCUCCACUGUUGCCAAGUCCACCCACUCUGCUCCUCACUAGGCUGCUUGGUCCAGUUCUGGUGGUUUCUUCUGUCACGAACGUCAGGGAGAGACCAAGGCGCAGCGUUGAAUGCGUACAUAUUUAUUAAUAGAAUGAUCACACGAUCAAAACAACGGACGAUAACGUGAUGUCUACGGUUUAACACAAACCAAACAAGAACAAGAAACCACAAACACAAAGUGAAAGACAGACAGUUAAAUAUGGCUCCCAAUCAGAGACAACCAGCUGACACUCGUUGCCUCUGAUUGGGAGUCACUCAGGCCAACAUAGAAAUACAAACAUAGAAUUACACACCCUGGCUCAACAUAACAGUGUCCCCAGAGCCAGGGCGUGACAGCUGUCAUCAAUGUAAAGGGUGGCUAUUUGAAGAAUCUCAAAUAUAAAAUAUAUUUUGAUUUGUUUAACACUUUUUUGGUUACUACAUGAUUCCAUAUUUGUUAUUUCAUAGUUUUGAUGUCUUCACUAUUAUUUUACAAUGUAGAAAAUAGUAAAAAUAAAGAAAACCCUUGAAUGAGUAGGUUUGUCCAAACCUUUGACUGGUACUGUAGGCCUACAAACAUUAUUUACAAUGGAUAGCAAAAACACAAUAAUCACAAGAAUGGCUUCAGAUCAAAGGCUACGUUGAGACAGAAGGGAGCAAGGGUCUUUAAAUGAAAGAUCCAGGCGGCCUCUAGUUUUAACAAUAAACUGUCAAGGUCACCCGCUCUCCUAGGGAGGGUGACAUGUUCGAUGCCGAUAUAACGUAAUAGAGUGGUUCACUUCCAAAAAGUGGGCCGCAACUGGCUACGUCAAGUUUUUUGCACCUAAUGGUUCUAUGAUGCUCCAAGAUUCGUACUUCGCGCUUCGUUGUACCCACAUAGGUUUUACCACAAGGACAAGCUAUAAGAUAAAUUAGCCUUAGUGGAGCACGUAAUAACACCUUUGAUUGGGAUCUGUUUCCCUGUUUGGUGGUGUUUGAAGGAUCUACAUUUGUAAGUGCCAUUGCAUUGAGCACAGCCAUUUCACUUGUAGUUUCCAUCCGGUAGAGACGCAAAUACACGCUGUGCAGGGGUAUUUUGGGGUGGUAAAUCAGAGUUUACCAAUUAAUCGCUGAGAUUUCUGCCCAGCGAGAAUAUGACCAAGGGAGGGUCCGAAAACACAUUACCGAUACUGUCAUCGGAUCUUAGAAUGUGCCAAUUUUUUGAAUGAUUCCCUUCAUUUGUUCGGAGCACUUUGAAUAGCGGGUAGUAAGAACGCAAGAAUGCUUCUUUUUGCGAGACUGUCAUUGAAAGAGAUCAUGUCUCAAUUUGUUUUGGAUUUUCUCAAUGGCAGUAUUCAUCUGACCGUUUUUGUGCCCACUCUCCCUGAAUUUUCUUUGCAUCUCAGCCAUAUUUCUGUAGAAAUCUGAUAGUUUUUUGCAAAUUCCUUUGAUUCGACAGAAUUAGCUGUAGGGCAAACAGUUUUCAAGGGAAGUGGGUGAAAGGGUUCUACAUGGAAACCAAAAGGGUUUUACCUGGAACAUUUAAGGGUUCUUCAAAGGGUUCUCCUAUGGGGACAGCCGAAGAACCUUUAAGGUUCUAGAUAGCGCCUUUUUUUCUAAGAGGGUAGGCUAUAGGAGGUAGAGCAGACAUAGCUGUGUGUUGUGUGAGCCAUGCAGUCUACAGAAUAUUUACUUUAAUUGGAAAUGGCGCGCGAGAGAGGAUGAGUAUGACUCUGCUGGUCAUCUACUGUAUGAACGUUUGAACAUCUUGAAGAACGAUCUGGCCUUAAUGGCCAUGUACUCUUAUAAUCUCCACCCGGCACAGCCAGAAGAGGACUGAUCACCCCUCAGAGCCUGGUUCCUCUCUAGGUUUCUUCCUAGGUUCCUGCCUUUCUAGGGAGUUUUUCCUAGCCACUGUGCUUCUACAUCUGCAUUUGCUUGCUGUUUGGGGUUUUAGACUGGGUUUCUGUAUAGGCACUUUGUGAAAUCUGCUGAUAUAAAAAGGGCUUUAUAAAUACAUUUGAUUUGAUUAAGGGAGGAUGAUGUGGCCAGGGUUGGGGUGAGGUGCAUCAUGGGUUCACGAGGCAUGACAGUGCAGAAAUAAUUGAUAACAGAAGGGAGGUGGAGAUGGAGGUUGGGACUGGGGGGAGUCAAUGACAGGUUGUUGUGUCAUAAUCUUUUCUUUACACUUUACAAAAUAUUUAUGAGUAGAAUUGUGAGGUGUUCCCGCAUUAUUAAUUUAUUCUAGAUUUUACAUUACCAUUAUAAGCUACCAUAACUGUUCAUAGAUAUAACCUUGCAGUUUAUUGGUGCAAGUCAAAUCUGUUUAUCCUUUAAAAUAAUGUUAUAGUACUAUCCCAUUAGUCUAUAGGAUGCAGCCCCUAGCCACUGAAAAACAAAAGGGCUGUGUCCCAAAUGGCACCAUAUUCCCUAUAUAGUGCACUACUUCGACCAGGGCCAAGGGCAAUAUGGGCCCAUUAGGCCAUUAGGGCCUACUGUAUGAGGUUAUUGUCAAACUGUUGGCUAACCAGAUGGAUCCCCUUUCCCAUGCAGUCAUCCAGACAGCUGUAUCCUUAUAGGGAUAAACCAGUGAUAGACAGAUAAGCCUGUCUGGAUCAAUGGGACGAGAGGAGCAGGCGAUUGGAUCCAAGUCAUGCGGAGAAAAGGGGUGGAAUUUGUCCAAAGCUGGAUCCAAGUCGGACCGACUGUUCUUUUUCAGUUUGAGUGACUCCUGAGUGCGAUUAGUCUGCCCAUUCAAGGUGCCAAGAUCCGUAGACAGAAGGUCCUAGAGGGAUACUAAUGAAAGAUGUAAGUGGAUAAGGGGCACAGCACUCUCUCCAUGGACAAACAAUGAGUUAUGACAUCUUGGUCAUCAACAGGAUCUUCGUCUGUCAGCCAUUUUGGAUGGUAUUCAGGUAGUACAAUUUCUCUGACAUUGAAGAGCUGCUCACUCACUCAACCAACCAAAAAUCUUAUACUACAGUACUGUCCUUCAAAAACACUCUCAAAACAUUUACAGAACUCCAGUCAGAAGUUGUGUAUUCAAAGUCAAAGAAUCACUUCAUAUUCAGUGAUACAUAGACUUUAUUUAUGAUGUGGCAAGAUGUGUAAAUUAUAUAAUAUGUUAUGUUUAUUAUUAUUAGCUGAUCUUUCUGUCUCUUGUAUUGUGAGUACUAAAUGAAAAACCACCAUAGUUUUCACCUGUGAGGCACAAUAAAGUCUCUUAAAACAACCAUCCAUGUGUGACUCAUGGUCUAAUAAUGGAACACAAUACCCAACAUAAUACAAAUGUAACCAGCAGCCGAGUCAAAAUGUAGAAAUAAGGAUAUGAAAUUGUUUGUUAAUGUCAACUGUUCAUUUCCCUUGGGGAAAAGAGUUGAAGCAUUGUCUUGGCAAACGUUUUCACAUUAAAGAAAUGUAAAAGAAAAAGUAACUAGUAGUGUCUGGAACUAUAAUUCAUAAACAAGUGUAGUCAGAGAGAGAAAAUUGUCAGAGGACAGCUGGCGUUUAGUUUUGGGAGCUGUUGGCUGUUGGCGAGGGGGGCGAGGGGGGUAGAGGGUGGGGGCACAGAGAGGUCUAUGGGACGGGUGAGGGACGAGGGUGGGAUGAGGACAGUUUGUAUAGGACAGUGCUGUGUCAGCUCACUCCACCACCACUGAGAGUCAUAACUCAGACGGACAGACAGACAGACAGACAGACAGACACAGGCCAGGGACAAAAACCUGGGGAAAGAGGGUUAUAGAAUUCUUAUACUUUGCGUGAGAGUUAGUUACGUUGUUUCUGUGUGUGUGUGUGCUUGUGCGUGUAUGUUUGCAUGUGUGAAUGUGCAUGCCUGUGUGUGUACCUGCUUGUGCAUGUCUGUGUGCAACUAGCUCUCACAGUCUCACGUCAGAAUUAGACAUUCAUCCAUGUUUCGCAAAUUUCGAAGUGUUUAAGGUUAAGUUUAGGCAUUAACACCGAAAUCUUAAGGUUAGGCAUUAACUCCGAAUCGUUAAGGUAAGGGUUAAGGUUUGGGAUAGGCUUAAAACAAAACUAACUUUCUAUCACUGGAUUCAAACUUGCAGCCUUCGAAAUCAGAGGCAGAUUCUUACGCCCAUCCGCCAUCCCUGUCCACAACACUCUAGCAAAACCAAAACCUAUUUGAAGAUAACAGCGCUCACUGUUGCCCCUAAUGAUCGGUUUCCACGUCAUCUCCCGAUGUGUGUGUGUUGGGUGCGUGCUUGUGUGCAUAUGUUUGUUCGUGCAAGCUUGCGUGUGUAUUGUGUGUGUGUGUGUGUGUGUGUGUGUGUGUGUGUGUGUGUGUGUGUGUGUGUGUGUGUGUGUGUGUGUGUGUGUGUGUGUGUGUGUGUGUGUGUGUGUGUGUGUGUGUGUGUGUGUGUGUGUGUGUGUGUGUGUGUGUGUGUGUGUGUUGCAAUGGGUUCAGCCAACGAAAAAAAGAGGAAUUUGAUCAGUAACAGUUUUCAUACCAUAAUCCCAGACAAACAUUGUCACACAAACAAAUCUAUGUGUAAUACUGUCAAAGAGUACAGAUAGCAUCCACUUGUGACUCUCUAGAACAUUUUACAUUUACAUUUUAGCAGACGCUCUUAUCCAGAGCGACUUACAGUUAGUGAUUACAUAUAAUUUUUUUAUACUGGCCCCCCAUGGGAAUCGAACCCACAACCCUGGCGUUGCAAACGCCAUGCUCGAUCAACUGAGCUACAUCCCUGCCGGCCAUUCCCUCCCCUACCCUGGACCAAUUGUGCGCCGCCCAUGAGUCUCCCGGUCGCGGCCGGCUGCGACAGAGCCUGGAUUUGAACCAGGAUCUCUAGUGGCACAGUUAGCACUGCGAUGCAGUGCCUUAGACCACAGCGCCACUCAGGAGGGAACCAUGUGAUGGUGGAGAAUUAUCCCCAAAUUUACCCUCUGUUUGCAGACAAACCUGUUUUGCUGUCACUGUUAUUGGUUUUAUGAAGACCUUCACACUGAGAAGGCUGUUAAACUGAAACGACUGAUAUGCUAUCCAUGAUGCAGUAAAAAUAAUAAAAUAAAAGUAAGCUUAAUGCUAAAUAUUUUUCAGUGCGGACCCAUUACAUUUUUGCUGGUCCAGAUUCACUGUUACUGGCAAUGAAUAAAUCUGUCCAGAACAGUACACUGUGUGGACCAAGGGGGCCAAGUAAGGAUGCCAAAGGCACCAAGUAAGGAAAUUUGGACAGAGGCAUGCGUUUGGUGACUACGUAUUUACAUUUCUCUCAUUGUUCCUGGUUCAGGAAUAGCCCAAUCACCCAUUACCUCAACGCAUACUGUUUCUUUCCCUUCCAGAUGAUGAUAAUUGCUGAAUAUCUCAGUUGAGGAGGAAGCUGUGAUUAUGGACUUGGCAUUGGAAAGAACAUGUCACCACCCCACCCCACCCCGGUGGUCCAGGAAUUAUCCGUCACAUUCUGUUCUUCCUCACAUUAUAGCCCCCCCCCCCCCCCCCCGUGUUCCUUCAGUAGUUCUGUUAAACCUAAAAUAUUCUUGAAGACAUCAACAACCGUAAAGGACAAUGGGAGUUUCCACAGGACGAGGGCUGGGGUUCGCGGGAAGCCCUUUAUCACAAACAACUAAGCUGUGAAAUAAAGGUGACUGGCUUCACUCUUAGCGUGUGGGAUUGUUAUCUCCUGUCAGACUGUUGACAUCAUGCCAGUUCAUGUAGCCCUAGUGAACCCCCUGAGAAACCUUUUGGAUUUUACCUUGAUGUAUUGUUUCCACUUGGUUGUGCAAUAGUUUCAUUAUUACAGAUUAUACAACGGUUGGGUGACGUGGGUCUAAUCCUGAAUGCUGAUUGGUUAAAACCGCAUUCCAGCCGGUGUCUAUUCCAGAAUUACCACCGGGUAAAUGUUAAAAUGCCAAUUUACUCUGUUCCAUCUGACUGCGCAAUCCGCUGUCUCAUCAGCCCAGCCAAGCAAUUUACAAACUUGAUCUCCACUAUAACAAGCAUCUAGACAUGUCCUGGAGGUCUCAUGUUUUAGCCACAUUGGGCCCACUCUUUAACGCUGCGCCUCUGGGAGAGUAAAAACAUGAUUCAUUGUGGUACAUAUAGAACAAGGAAAAUAAUAUCCACAAUGUAUGACAAAUCUUUACCUGUUGCAAGGUGUGGUCCUCUUUCACCAUCAUCCGGUUGCUUUGGCUAUGGGAUUACCCAGGCAACAGAAGCAACUCAUCUAGCGGUAUGUGCGAAGCCCUGCUCAUGAAAGCUGGUUUAGUGCCGCCAUCUUGUGGUGAAACUUUGUGUGCAUCACGUAUAAGACGGCCAUCCUCACUAACACAACCCAUAUCUAAAAUCUCUUCUCAGAAAGAGGUCAAAAUAAGUAAUUGAAAGGUGGACCUUGCAUUAAGGAUCAACUUAGAGGCAACAGAACAUUUAGAUAGGAACUUUAUUGGAAAAUAUGAGAAAUUGCCAAGUCAGCAUGGCUGCCAUAUUCCUAAUCAAAACUACAAACAUUUGCAUGUACAAAAAGUCUGUUGUCAUCUCGCGUAUAUGCUUUUGAAAAGGGCACUAAGGAGAUAUAAUAACCCUUGCAGUGUCAGCCAUUUUGAAACAUAUUAUCCUGUUAACUCCUGUUAAAAAUGGCUGACAAUGCAAGGGUUAUGAUAUCUCCUUAGUGCCCUUUUCAAAAGCAUAUACGUGAGAUGACAACAGACUUUUUGUGGACACACCUACUCAUUCAAGGGUUUUUCUUUAUUUUUACUAUUUUCUACAUUGUAGAGUGAAAAUGAAUGGUAUAGUAGUGUCAUGCCCAAACACUAGGUGGCACCCUUUUGUAACAUUUCUCCUGAUGUUCAAGUCAACAUUUUAACAUUUACAGUCAUUUAGCAGACUGUCCAUUGCUAUCCCCCCCCCUGGUGGGCGAAGCUGCCUGACAGGCGGUACUACAUCCAGUAGUCUGUUGCCGUGGAGACCAACAGCAGGAUGUUCCCCACCAUGGCACAGAACAGGCCCCCUCCCGUGAAGCUAUACAUCCUGAGAGAUGCUGCUGUGGCCGCUGCGUGGUACCUGAUACCGCAUGGGAAGAGGAGGGAGAGGGGGAUAAACAAACCUGGAUUAUAUUACGUAUUGAAGGUAUUGAAUGACAGACACUUAGUUUGCUAUGGUCACCUCGUAGCUCCUGAUACUGGGGAGGGGCGUGAGGGAGUUAGACACACCUGUACUGAUACUGGGAGGGGGAUGAGGAAGUUAGACACCUGUAUCUGUCUGAUUUGAUCUUUAUAACACACACUCAUUAUUCCAUGCUGUGGUGCAGACUUCAAUAGAAACAUUAAUACGUUUAGUACUAGUCUUGACACUGGGGAUAAGUGUUACAUGGUGACAGUGGACAACAAAAUCGAAUAGACAAUGUACAAAUCGCUGAGUAUCAAUGAUCUCAAAUCACAUAUAUUACAGAGCUUAUAUUUAAUAUCAGUUGUGCUCGCUCAUAAGCACUACUUUAUAUGAUGCUAUGGCAAACACAAUAAGUCAGAAACAAUCAAAGCUUGACGACUAGAAUCAAAGCUUGACGACUAGAAUCAAAGCUUGACGACUAGAAUUAAAGCUUGACGACUAGAAUUAAAGCUUGACGACUAGAAUGAAAGCUUGACGACUAGAAUCAAAGCUUGACGACUAGAAUGAAAGCUUGACGACUAGAAUUAAAGCUUGACGACUAGAAUCAAAGCUUGACGACUAGAAUGAAAGCUUGACGACUAGAAUGAAAGCUUGACGACUAGAAUUAAAGCUUGACGACUAGAAUCAAAGCUUGACGACUAGAAUCAAAGCUUAGCGGCUAAAGACAUGCUAAGGGAUUAUUACUUAAUUUGAGCAAUUUACAUUUUGUAUGUCUUAAAAUGACACCUGUUAACAUAUAUGAACAUGUGCUCCAUAUAUCAUAAACGAACAUUGUCAUGGAAUGGAUGUUUACAACUAGCAGCGUUAAACAUCAGCUCUUUUGAUCAACGCUUAUUCAAUCACUAGUUCACCAAUGUCUUCACCUUUCAGACUUCAGUUCACCAUUAG